AGAGAAAGAGAGCCGGGGCAGCGCACCAGGGACUUUCCAGGCAGCCGGAGCGAGGCGGCGGCUGCUGCUGGUGCAGCAGGAGGCGGCGGCGGCGGCGCUGGUAGCGAAGGCUCUUUUCUCCUCCGUCUCCCCUUCCCUUCGCUUCCUUUCCUCGGGCAGGGAGAGGAGAGAAGGAAGCAGGUAGGGCAGCCGGGCUGUUGCGCCCCUCGAGGCGCAGGCGGAAUCCGGGGAGAGGAGGCGAGGGGGGUCCCCUCCGGCUGAGGAGGCGGUGUGUGUGCGUGUGUGCGCGCGCGCAGGGGUGCCCGUGUGUGUGAGGCGGGCGGGGGGCGCCUCUGGUCUGCUGGCUGCUCCCGCCGCUGCUGCUGCAUUUGCGCGCAGGCUGUGAGGGGAAGGAGGUGGUGGAUGCCGGAGGUCCUUUCCGGAGCCUCCGCGGGGAAAAGGGAAGGGGGCGUGAGGGAGGAGGAGGAGGAGGAGGAGGAGAGGGGCGGCUGGGUGGCCGGGCAGCCUUCAUGGUGGCGCCGCCUCGGCUCCUGGGCUGGAGCUGCUGCUGCGAGGGGCUGGCAGGGCGAGAGCCGAGGAAGGUCGGCGGGCUGGGCUGCGCCGCGGCGGGCAGGAGCGCGCGAGGAGCCGUCGGGGCUGCCUGAGGGCGCGCGAGGGGACGCCCGCUUGCCCGCCCCCCUCUCCCGCUUCGCGGCUGUUGCUUCGCUUUCCCUCUCUGGCGCCCCCCCCAACCACCCCCUCAUUCCACUCGAGGCAGCUGCCCGCCAAGGGGGUCUGCGCCCGGGGACUAUGCAGGGACCCGGUUGCUUCUGUUGCUCAGCCCCAUUCGGUCUCCAUGCUUUGACUGCCGGGGAAAAGGCUUCUGGGGCUCAGAGGUAGAUUCCAUUCGCUCGCUGCUGCUGCCGCUGCUCUUGCUCUCGACGCCAGGAGCAAAUGCUUGCUUCUGAGCCACUGGCUUUGCUCAGAUCUCCAGAUCUCCCAAGUUCAUCCUUCCAGCUGUUUGCUGCUAUCGCUGCUCGCCCCCCACCCCACCCCCGCCGCUUCAGUCUGCCCCGGUGCUUGCUUUGGAGACGGGGGCGCGCGCGCCUGUGUGUGCAUUAUUGCUCUUUGAGAGAGACUACUUUGGAAGGCCGAAAAAAACACACACCUUAACGUCUCGGUGUUGGAAAGUGGAUCAGACCAGUAAGUCUUUUUUUAAUAAAUAAAUUCAGAAUGGUUUAUGUGUAUAUGUGGGUUGCUGGUGAAGGAAGCAUGCUUCGACCCCCCCCUCCUCUUCCUCUCCCAUUGCUGUGCCUUAAAGGUGUCUCUGCAUGCAUUUGAUGUGCUGUUUGAAUGCAGAAUGCUCUCUUAAUUUCUGACUCCCUCCAUAUGCAGUCCGUGUGGGCGGGCCGUAGGUAUUUAAAGGGGAAGUGUCUUGUCUUGCAAACCUUUUAUUGGGGUGGGGGGGUUGUUUUAAUUCACUUGUGGCAAACUCCUGUUGUAUCCACUUUGCAUGUCCCCACAGGCUAAACCUUUUUAUUUCUUGGCUUGGUUGCUUCGCGGUGACUGCACUGAUGCUUGCAGUAGGUUGCAUGUUGAAUUUCAAUCAGUGGAGCAGCCAUGCAGGAUAAGGGAACAUUGCAGUUGUAAGUGGAGGGAGAGCUCUAGGACAAGAUACAGGAUAAAUUAUCUGUAAUAUGGGUGCGUGCAUCCUCUCCUAUUGGGAAAAAAACAACACCAUUGUGUGUGUGUCUGUGUGCUCUUUCAUAGGAAUAGCCUUGUAGCCAGUGCGGAAGAAGGAGCUCUUCUGUAAAGGACACAGAAAGAAAGGUAUCUAUUAUGGCCUUUACACAUUAUGAAUUGGUUUGCCGUUUGCAACCCACGGUGCUUUUUAGAUGUGCAUGGUUUUAACAUGUGGGGAAUGUUAACUUGUGUAUGAUUACGUCAUGUCGUAGUGUAACGAAAGGGAAUGGGGUUUUUAAAAGUUUUAUCCUGAGUCAUUCCUCUGCAGAUGAAAUCUUUUGUUAAAAGCAGUAACUGCUAUGUUUUUGUCCUCCCCCCCCCCCCCAGUAAGGCAGGAAGGAAAAGCCAGUAACUGAUCAGUCACAGAGAUGUAUAUUUAGAUAAUGCUUGGAGGUAUGAUUAAACUUGGAAAAUCGUAGUUCACUUAGCAUUCUUGUCAUGUCUCCAUAGUGUUGUACCAGGGUAUUGCUGAUAGAGGAUUUGUAUGGGCUUCCAGCUGCAGGAGCCCUUGCUUCCAGCUGUAGUUAAGCCUCUUUGCUCUUACCAUUUCCCAGUAGCAGAAUGGGAAGGAUCCGCAACGCAUCAUCGGGGUUUUUUGUUUUUUUUUAAGGAUAUUGAAUGCUUGCGUAUUUGUGUGUGUGUGUGUGUGUGUGUGUGUGUGUGUGUGUGUAAGGGUGAGGAGGGAAGAAGAGUUGUCAGUCUGUUGGCGAUGGCAUUGUGAUCAAUGAGUUUACAGAAAAGCAUUACGUGUUAUACUACUUUUAAGGGGUGCAUUUGGGCUCUAUUUUGCCUGUUACUGACCUAAGUGACUGAAUUUCUAUUGACGUCUUUGAGGCUAGGAUUGCACCAGUGGUAUUGUAAUCCUAAAGUACGGUCCAUAAAGGGGUGUAGCUUCUAUUCUAGCAUAUGCUGUUGAAUUGCAGUACUAUGAAUGGCUUUCAACAUGGAUUCUGACCCUGGCUGUUUAGUGCAAAAUGCUUAUUUCAAAUAGUUACUGGGGGUGUACGAUGGCUGAAUUGCAACCUAUGAAUACAUAUUCAUCUACAGAUGUCUUCCUCCCUCCCCACCCCACAAUCUCGUUUAAUCACUGAGGUCCAGUUUAUGGUUUUGAAUUGGCAUAUAUUUAGCUCUUUAAAAUAAGAGAAUGCAGUUUUUCAAAGUUAGAUUUUCUGGAUUAAGACGCUUGUGAAUAUAGCAUGCGUGCAUUUAGUUUAAAGUGUUUAUAGGAAAGACAUUAAGCGUAUGAGGCAAAAUCACUUUCGUGUCUGAACGUGUGGUUUCUUGGUCUUGUUGGGAAGCCCCUGAGAAUACUGGUUAAUAAUGGAAACAGUGAUCUUACUUGAGGUUAGGCAGCUAAAGUUAUCUUCGUAGUUAGGAUUUUGCACAUGCUUCUAAUUGCAAGCUGUGUUCAUUGUUGUUGUAUGGUAUGUUAGUGAAAUGCUUUUUGGUUCAGUAGCACCGAACACUUAACAUGUUCUGCGUAUGGUGGCAAAGGAGCCAAUCCAGCAUGUGGGUGAGGAAGGAUACUGACAUCCAGAGCUUUCCUGGAAUACAGCAGUAAGGAAGGCUGAUCUUUUGUGACAGCUGGACACAGACAUUCUGGGAGUGAAAUAGGCAGACGAUUUGGGAUUGCCGUACACGAGACAUUUUAGUUGAAUUAAUGUGUAUGUUAUUGCCAUCUGGUCAUCAGUGGGUAUGAAACACAUCACGGUGUUAAAAGCAAGGAAUUCUGUAGUAAUUCUCAGCGUGUAGUAAGACACCUAAGAACUGGGCUGGAUCCAGCCGAAGGCCUAUCCAGCGCAGCAUCCCUUUUUUACACAAGUGGUCAAGACAAGCAGAUGCUUCUGAAAAGCUUUGCAAGCAGGACAUGGAGACGUUAAUUCUCUUCCGCUGUUGUUUCCCAGCAACGGGCAUUCAGAUGCAUGCUUCUUCUGAUCUGGAGGAAGUAUAUACCCAUCGUGAGUAGUAGCCAUUGAGAGCUGUAUCCUUCAAUGACCAGGGAUGAAUUUGUAGAGAACAGCAUCAAUGAAAAUUCCGAAACCGGCAGAGAUUUGUUAAAGGAAACAGGGGUUCUGUGCUGAGGAUGCAUUUCAGAAUGCAUGAAUGCAUGCGAAUUAUUUCCGUGCCCUCAAGUGACUUUUACAUCGCAAUGCAUACAGACGAGGCGAGAUGGAAAAGAGGCUGUAGUUUAAAGGAAAGGGGAUGAUGCAGUGGAGCGGUUGGAAUAUUCACACUGGAAUUAAAUAGCACAAUGUGCUCUUAAGUUUUGUUUUCCCUUUAUGGGUUUCUUUAAAUAAUAAUAAUAAUAAUAAUAAUAAUAAUAAUAAUAAAGGCUUGGAUCCUAGCUAUUCUUAAAAUCAACACAAGUCUACAUAAGCAGCAGCAGACGACAACAACAACAAAACUAGAGUUGCAAAGCCGGCUGCUCGCAAAUUGCCUUCUGAAAUGUUUUGACAUGACCUUUCGUGACUCAGUGUCUUGACUCAGUGGCGCUCUCCACGCUCUUUUCAACAGGCUUCUUUUAGCCUCGUAGAUUUCUUAGCUAGUGGAAAGUGAGAUUGUUGUCCUCACUGCCCGUGGCUGUAGCCAUUGGGCCAGUCUGCAUGGACUUCCCGACAAGCAGAAGCCCUCUGUGGCAUGCAAGCACGGCUGUGGCUUUCUGCCUUUCCCAGCGCGCACACCUGUUCCACCUCCAGGCGCAGUAGACACCCACGUGUGGGCAUAAAAUAGGCAUAGGACCUGUGCAUGUAUAAAAUGAAAAGGGUAAUGUACAAAAUAGAAUGCAUGCGGUCCUGAUCUGUGCAAUCAGCUGGGAUUUUACGGACGUGAUCAUUUAGCAAGUGCCAGAGUGUGACCUUGCUUCCCCUUCUCCAGUGGUGGUGAAAUAAGCUUGAGCUAGCCCAUUGGGUAGCAGUGGUCAAUGGGAUCUCUGAAAUGCACCUAUAAAAUGGGUACAAAGUUUUCUUCUGCAGCCAAGUGGUUUAUUUUUUUAAAAAAAUGAUUUCUUCAUUACGGAAAACCCUAAAGUACUUCAGUUUGGGGGUUCCAACCCCCCCCCCCAACAUUAGAAUAGUUAUAUCCGAUUUUACUCCCAUCAUGGUAAAUUCAUUGGUAGCCUUUUAAGGUGUGUGGUUUUGUCUCCAUGUACAUAUAUGGUAUUAUUGUUUCAGUAAUAAUUCCAUGCCAGUGCCUUUUCUUCUGGGAUUUACUGUUUUAUGCCUCUUGGGAUUGUAGAAGGUAGUAAUAGUGUCAGCCUUGUUUGACAGAGCCGUUCUAGCUAGCAAUUAAUAUUGUAUGUAGAAUUCUGGAGUGGUCCUUCCUGCUUUCGAAAGAAUCUCCUAAGGAUGCUCAGAGCUAAUUCUGGAUCUUACUGCAGACUCUACUCCAUAUGGCUGGAUUUGGUAGGAAAGCACAGAAGUGUUGCUGUCUUUCUUCAAACGAAACUUAAAUGUUGCUGCAGCAAAAACAAUCAAUGUUUAGGGUACAAUCUAGACUGUACCUUGAGUUUAUAGCUCCACCCCACUAGCGGAAAGUAUUGCACGUAUUCAAAGAGACUUUGUGUAAAUGCCGCAUGGCAGGCGCGAGAGAAUUGCCAACAUGAAACUUUCAUUGGGUCCCUGUGGAUUCGUUUUUGAAAACAAACCCUGAAACACAGAUACCUACCAUUUAUUCAAGAGCAUAAUUUUAGAUCCCUGUACAGCCUUUUAAAAACGGAGAGUUAAUUUGUAUUAAUUUUAAACUCCCUCAUCCCAAUGUAUUUGAAGCUAGGGUUACAAUGUAUUUGAAGCUAGGGAAGCAAUCGGUUAUCCACAAUUUGUUCCAAACCCCUACAAAGAUGCAAGUUUUUUGCCCAUACACUAGUGCCCUCACUAGUGCCUUUUUUUUGCCCUCACUAGUCAGGAAGUGCUCUGAAUCUCACUUAGGAAGGAACUACCCAGCCUACAAACCACUACUGAGAUGGCCUUGCUUUCUGACCCCAAACCUACGUAUCUCGCCCUGUGUCCUUUCAUGCACUGUGGUGGAGGAAGAAAGCCUGCAGGUCCCACCAGGAAGUUCUUGAAGAUGACCAGCAAUAUCUUCCAGGGGGCUUCCCCUAUAAGAAGAAGCAGAACUACCUCCACAAUCUUUGCAGAUGCUUGCAGUCAGCUGAUUUAUCUCCAUACUGCAGAGUUAACUACUCAUCCCAGAGCCUUCUUGGAGGAAGUGGAAUUUUGGCUGGGAGAUCAACCCUUAAGACUGAGGUUGGGGAGAGAAUGUGAAUUGAACACAGGUCCAUUGAUUUGGCGCUGCUGCUGGAAGCCACUCGUAACUCCAGGUGACAUUUAUUUCGAUUUAUUUAUUUAGAUUUUUGUAUCAGCUGUUCCUCCAGGAAACUUGGAUCAGCAACUCACCACUGUGGUUGGAGGGGAAAAGAGAGACAGAGACAGUAACUUGUUCAAGGUUCCAUGGAGCAGGAAUUUCAACAUGGGUUUCCUAUUUUCAAGCUCAAAACUCUAGCCGUUGUGCCACACUAGUUUUCAUGCUAUACUUGAAACAGCUGUUUCAAAUGCAAUUAAUAAAUACAUUGUGAAGUAAAGCUUGCCUACUUUUUUAGAUUCCCAGUGCUGACAGCAGUGAGAAACCUGUGGUUCUCCAGGUGUUUUGGGUCUCUAACUCUCAUCAGCUCCAGCCAGCAUGACUAGUGGUUAGGGAUUAGGGGAGCUGUGGUCCCACAAGAACUGCAGGGCUACAGGCUCCUGAUCCUGGCUCUGUCACUUGGAACUCCAGCUGACUGCUGUCGUCAUCAUACAGGCUGCGUAGAUGCACUAGUUCUUCUCUGAAUAAGAUUUGAUGAAAGGAGCCAGUCUCUGAAAUUAAUGUGUCUGGAUUAAUAACAUUCAGAAUACCAGCAGACAUUGAUCUUGUUGAAACUAUUUUUCUGUGUUACUCUGUUAAAUAUGGUUUAUACCCAAUUCUGAUGAUGGUGAGAGGUAGUCAUCUAUCUUUCUAGUGUCAUGGUUAGUUUACCUUACACAUAAGGAACGCUUUCCUUCAAGAUCUUCAGAAGAACACCUCCGUUCCAAUACACAAACUUAUUAUCAUUUUGAAAACCAGACCUUCAGACAGGAAUAACAAGAGACUCAAAUCACCCACCAGUUAUAAGUCUUCGUUCUGUGGCUAACAAUGGCAUUAACCAGUAAAAUGGUAAUACCUCACAAAAUUGAGAAAACCCAUAUUUGAAUACUACCCCUCCCCCCAAAAAGUCCAUGUUUCCUGCCUUACUUGAAUCCAUGGUGUAACUCUGAAUAUGUAGUGGCAAAGGAAGCAUUGAAGUUCCUAGUGUUGUGUCAUUAGACCUACCCAAGAAACACUUGCUUUCAGAAAGAGACCAAGUCAGUGUUCCUAUAGUAGGUGAUACGAAACAGGUUCUGAUGUGCCUGCUCAUUGGUUGCUUGGGAUAAAAUCUGGGCAAUCAAGGAUUGUUAGUUAUUAUAUGUUGAUCCUGGAGCACUACUGAUUGUGUGCUAUUGUGAGUACCAUAAAGGAGAUACUUUCCUCUCCACAGACACAGGCAGAUAUACAUUGUUGUGAGUUUGUGGGUGCCCGACUCCCCUGUGCUAUGUGUUUCAGACUCCCCCAUGUUAAGAGUUUCUGGGUGGCACACAUUCCUGGAUUCAGCAAAUGUUAAAAUAUAAGCAUGGCCCUUUUCCUGGGGUGGUGAUCGGCCAACAGAAGAACAAAAUAAAGGUGACAAGCCAUUAGGAAAGCCCAAGGUGAGGGGGCUCUGUGCCAGAGGGCAAGUGGGUGGGGCACCUCCUCCACCUCUUAGAAGACAAAGACAGAAUUUGGAGUAGAAUUUUAGAGUUGGAUGUGAUGUACUCUAGAGGACAAAAAAAGGUUGCACACUGGUAAAGGCAGCAAGCUGGAGUGAGGUUCAGAGCACGAUGGUUGAUUUCUCUUUGAAUCCAAGGCAGAUGUUGUGCAAGAAACAACAACACCCCUUGGGGUGUUGAUGCUGUGAAGCGCUCCAGCGUAGGCUCAGGUUGUAUAUAUGUGUCAAUAACCACCCCAGUCUCUGCUGUGCCUUGUUUCCAAAUGGAAAUGUGAACCCCAGGUUAAGUGCCUGGAACCCCUGGAAUUUUGCACACAAUUUCCCACCUGCCUGCACUGCAGACCUAUAUUGUGUGACCUCAAGUCACACUGAAUGCUAGUGAUACUGGGUGCUUCCUUGGUCUGGUCUUGUUUUAAUGGACCAUGGUUUAUUAGUACCUGUGGUGCUGGAGUGGAAAGAAGUUAAAGGUCAGGCAGUGAGACACUGGGAAGGAUCCAUUCUCAAGACCCUGGGGAAAUGUUGUCGGAGAUUGAAACACUGAGCUGGGUGUAUAAAUGAUACAAGGCAGGGAAUAGGAAUCCUGAAGUCUUCCAGAUGUUAUCCCCCCUCCCACCAUGAGACCAUUAAUCUCAGGGUUGCAAGUUCAAGCCCCUUGUUGGGCAAAAGAUUCCUGCAUUGCAAGGAGUUUGGCUAGAUGACCCUUGUGGUCCUUCCAGCUCUAUGAUUCUAUGAACCCUGACUUGUGCUGAUGGGAGCAGGCAUUGAGCAACAUCUAGAGCAGCCCAGAUGUUGUUGGACUACAACACCCAUCAUCCCUGACCACUGGUCCUGCUAGCUAGGGAUGAUGGGAGUUGUAGUCCAACAACAGCUUGGAGACCCAGGGUUGAGAAAGGCUGAUCUGUAGGGCCACAAACUCCACACACCUCUGCUCUUAAGGCAUCUUUAUCAUAGAAAAUAAUGCCAAAAUGAGGAAGAAGAAAACGCUAACAGCUGAUACUACAAAGGCACUAAAGCAAAAUAAAAGAAGCUUUAAACUUAAUUCAGGAGGGAAGAGGGAGCCAAUGUAGAGAUGUAUUCAAAGGACAGAGACUUUCUCGGUGAGGGGAGAGAGAAAUUAGAUGAAGGGAAGAGUUUGACAGAUGCUGAAGGCGAAAGAGGAGGCUUCCGUUGUGUGGCAAUACAUCCUUUGUGGAGCAACAGCUGAAACUUUCUGGCUUCAUGAAUUUAAUAGAGUUGCAUAUUUCAGAGUUCUGCCAUAAAAUCCAGGAGACAUUAAAAUAUAAUCUCCCUUGGGGCGUGCCUCAUGUAAGUCUUGCUAUAGAGUCUUCUUUAAAAAAUAAUGUAAAAGUGGUAUUUUUAAAUAGUUUUAAAGCUUCCUGGUGUCUGAGCCUUUGGCUUUGUUAAGGGCACUUAAUGGAAGGGCUUUUGAUCUAGCAGACACAUUUGAGAAUCAAAGAGAAAGAGAAGCAGUUUUUGCACCCAAGAAAGGUCUUGACUGCCAGGGAACACCCUACAGAACACAGUGAAAUGUGGUGGUGGGGUGCUGCAAGGGAACAGAAAAUAGGCAAAAAACCCCCCACCCAAAACCCCUUCAUUCUCAUUAGCAGAAACAUCUGCUGGGUCUAAAGUGCUUGCAUGAGCACAGUGGCACCAAUUGGAUUCCAUUCAACACUAGACCACAGCUCCCAAUCCUUUCAUACAAAAAUCCAUUCCAGGUUUUCCCCAAAAGCUUUCUUUGUGUCAGCAGCCUAUUUUUUUAUUUUUUUUAUUUUUGGUGGGGUGGGGGACGACAACACCUUUUUGGUGUUGCUGUUAUUCAACAAUUGAUAAUUGGAAACCCUUGUUGAUUUAUUGCACAUCUCCCCAAUAAACAUGAUAGAAAAGGAGAGAGAGGAGGGCGCUGCAAAUCAGCCAGAGAUUCACUAGUAGAUUUCUUGCUUUCUUUGGUUAUACGUGGGUAGUAGUUGCAAUGCCGUUUUCACUGUGCUGCUUAAAACGAUGGAAGCAGUUGUUGAGAGGCUUAAGUACGUUGCAAGCAAUUCAGCCACUUUUCUCUCACUUCUUUUUUCCUGAUGGAUCACGUCCGGCCGUGAAAAACUUUGGUUAGCUUACUGCAUGAGGGCUUUCUACCUUCUCAGAAUGAUUCAUUGCACUCAGAAUAGGGGUUGAAAGGCUAUUUACUUUCGAUAUAGAGUGGCAGAAUUUCUCUUGGGUCCAUGUAGAAGUGGGGCAUAGUAUAGUUCAAGUAUUUGCCGUACGUUAUGUCCAAUCUUUUUGAGUAAUGUGAGUUAUUUCGGGUGAAAACUCCACCUUUAUUUAACUUAGCAGCCUACCUAGAACUUGGUUAGCACGAGCCACCAAACUUUGAGUCUCAAACCAACACCACAUGAGCGCAAUACAUUUAGAGCAUAUUCAUGCUAAUUUAACAGCCACAGCUUCCCUAAAGCAUCGUAGCUUAACCUCUCAGAAAGCUACAAUUCCCAGCACGCUUCCCAAACUGCAGUUCACAGGGCACAUAGUGAAAAGCCAUGUGCCUUAAGUGUGUAUUGUGAAUGAAGCCUAAAGCUGUGUGAGAUUUGGAAUUUUCUAUGUGUUUUCAACAUAGCCAUCAUGCCUACCAGGCUCGAUUGUUUCCUAGGUGUGGGAUGUGGACUCUGUUGUCUUCCAGAUGUAGUAGGACCACAACUCCCAUUAUCCCUGACUGUUGCCCAUGCUGGCUGGGGCUGAUGGGAUCUGGAGUCCAGCAACAGCUUGAAGGGCUUACCCAUGUCUUAAGAUGAGAAAUCGCUAGCUGUGGUUCUUGCACUGUCCUUGCUACCCAUGCGUUUCUCAUGAAGACUUAAUCCUAUAAAUCAUUAUUAUUUACUGGGGCUUAAUUCUCUUGCAGUCUGUAAAUCUUUGGGCUGUGUUUCCUGUAACUACUGAUGGGGAAUUAGCUGCACAUCCCCCCAAUCUCAUUUUAAAACAAACCUUCGUCUUUGUUAUUUUAACAUGGUUUUAAAUAAAUCUUACGUCUAUAUUGUAAACUGCUUUGAGAUUCAUUUCUUUAAAAUAUAAAGUUGUCUAGAAAUAAGUAAUAAUAAAAAUUAUUUAAAAAAUGAUGUUCUCUUGGUGUGGCUUUAAGGUGAGCUGUAAGCUGUUUUAUUCCAUCCACACUAGGGAAGGCCUUGUGGUGGCGUGAGACUUCUGUUACAUUCAUUAUUGUAAUUUGUGUACACAAUGGUUUUGAUUUUGUAACGUGCCUGGAGAUUUUUUUAAUCAAUAGACGAUCAUAUAAAUUUAAUAAAAUAUUUGGCAUGUAGGAAGCUGCUUUGUGCCACAUCAGACUUUUGUCAGUUUAGCCUGUUGUUGUCUGGCUGGCAGUGGUUUUUCCAGGAUCUCGGGCAGAUAUUCGUCCCCAUCACCUGUUACCUGGUCCUUUUAACUAGGAGGUGCCUGAACCUGGGAACCUCUGUAUAUAAAGUGUGUGCUCUCUUCAACUCACAUGACCUUCCUUCUGAGUUUUGCAUUUGGCGAAGGAGAUAAAAGCAAUUUCAGGUUUUGUUUCCCCCCCUGAAAGUAAUUCUGCAGUGGCAGGCGUGGGUGGCAAUAACCUGUGAUAAUGGAGUCCAAAAUGCUCCUUGGGGACUAUUCAGUGCAGCCCGAGGAGGACUCUGCGCAUGCCUCCUGAAAUGUGUGACACCAGCCACCACUGAAAAUGAUUUGGGAAGGAAGGUAAGAAAGAAGCAAGCAAGCAAGCAAACAAACUAUACUUGGUGGAUGGUUCAGAUGUCAGUCUAAAUUAUGUCAGGAUUUUGGACUCUGCGGUGUUGGUGGGAAUUUCCAUUUUUGAAAUUUGUUUUUGUUCAUGUGACCAUCCUAAUGGCAUUAAGGUUAUUAAUGGCCUAGAUCAGGAUAAAAGACUAUAUUUUUAAAUUUAAUUUGGACUGGAGGAAUGUACUUGCUUUAUUAGGCUCAUUUGUACACCAUUCUUAAUUUAGAAAAAUCACAAAGGUUCUAAUGAAGAUAGGUGGAUGGGUCCCCCUCUGUUGAAAGAGUGGAGGGUUGUGAGACACGGGGUGAAUCCUUCUCAGUAUUGGUACCAAGGCCAUUGAACUUGCUCCUCAUGCAGUCUUGUUUCUCCCUUAUUCCUUUUAAUAGGCACCAGCUCAACAGAGGUUGUUUUUUUAAAUAAAUAUAAUAGAGUGUUUAGGGUUCAUUGAACCUUGGUUUACCCAUUGUUCUUCAGUGGUGUACAUAAGAAUAACUCUUCUGGAUCAGGUCAAAAGCUUGAAUAGUCCAACAUCCAAUUCUCACCAUGGCCAAGCAGAUGACUAUGGGACACCCCCACACAGGACACAAAUACAACAACACUCUCCCCACCUGUGCUUCCCAGAAACUGGUAUACAGAGUCAUAACACCUCCCAGUACUUUAGAUAGUAUACACCUAGUGACCAUCAAUAGCUUUACCCUUCAAGAAUUUGUCUGAACCUCAUUUUCAGUCAUUUGAGUUGGUGACUGUUACUUUACACCCUUUUAUGGCUUUUUUUUUGGUGGGGUGGUGGAAUCUGUUUAUUUUAAAAUAAAGAUUAUAACGUAUAUUUUCCCUAAACUUAAAAGUCCCUGAAAGGAGCCCCAACCCUCUUUCUAGGCCUGCUUAAUUCAACAAGAUUGGAUGAAGGCCUCAUGUGCCUUCAUCCAAUCCCUCUUUCUCAGUGUUAGAAACUCAGAUGUAUAAACUAGGCGUCAAAUGGCUCCUUAAACCAGGGUUACAGUCACCAAAACAGAAAGCCUAGUUGCCAUUUUUGGGCAAGAUAGCUCUAAGGUCUUAUUUUUCAAAUAACAGCCUGACUGUGAUUGAUUCUCAGUGAAACAUCUGGCUAGUUCAGAUGACCACUUUGAAGCUAGGUUAAGAGCUUUGAGAACUUAAAGAAGAAAAGUCCCUUGAUCCAUAUGUAUUGGCCUAUUCUGACCUCUUUUUCUUAAUGGUGACUGUUCCUUCUCAGGCUGCACAGAAAAAUCAGUUUGAUUCCAGAAAUUCAUUCCAAUUGUACAGAUAAAAUAUAACAGAAUUCUGCAGGAUGGGGUUUUAGAGUGUGAAAACAGCCCAGAUCCAAUGAUCUCCAUAUGGUGGAGAUGUCAGGUGCCAACCUGGCAACCAGGCAUCUUCACUUGGUCGCAAGUGGUUGAAAACUAGGUACAAAACGCGCCCGGCUAAUUUUGAACAUUGCCUCUUCUAGUAACUCCCAACCUAGUGUUGAAUUAAACAUUACACUAUUAAGACCAUUCAGUCAGGUCAAGCAUUUCUGAUUGUCAGAUGGAAUGAAACCUCUCCUUCCCCUGUAUGCUGUUCUGGGGGGUUUUCUUGAUCCCUAAGAGCAGAUACAGGGCAGGGAGGACAGCCCCAUUGCACUAGUGCUACUAUAUGCAACAUACAACUGUGUGUAACAUACAGUUGCACCACAAAUCCACAUUCUUUUCCUCAGGAGUUAUGGCCAGUUCAGAUUGUAUCAAACUCAGGUGCUUGGGUAUUAGUGCGCAUUAUUCAUUUUGGCAGUUAUUUAUGUGUUCAUUGCCUGUUUUCUCAGUUUAGAUAGGUCUUCCUGGAGUUUUUCACAGUCUCCUAAUUAAUACAGGUCCUUGAGGGGAUUUCAUUGCUUGUUUGCCCUUUGUACUUCUUUCUACUGUUUGCUUCCUGUUGUUCAGCCACUUGUUGAUCCCCAAGAUAUUUCCAUUUGCCUAACUUGGGCAUAGCUUUCCAAAGCUUAUGUGCUUGUGAAUGAUGUUUCCUUGACAUCAUUGGGGGCAGCUGAUCAGCCAAACAUCUUCAGCCGGUUCUUUUAAGAAGACACCUUUUCCUGCAGUCUAGAGAGGCUGUGGUCUGUAAGCAAAUCAGCAGGUACCAUGAGAGUUUUUCUUUCCCCCCCUUUUUAAAGGAAAGUUAAGGAUGUGGUGGUGCUUAAAUGCCCUGCAAUUGCACCAGAUCAAUGACCAGUCCAGAGGGUGCUUCUUCCUAUCGGCCUCUUAAACUCUUACAUACUGUGAUUUCGAUUAAGUGGUUCAGUUGCUUUUCUUGCUUCUACUCUCCAGUGACAAUUCGGUGUUGGGAGGGAGGGAGGGAGGGAGCGCGCUCCUCAAACAUACAUUUUCACCAUUGAGCUUUGCAACAACAACAACAAAAUUCUUGGAAAAUAACCCUAAACUUUGCAGAACUACCCUAAACUUUGCAGAACUGGCUCUCGCAGGAACCAAGAAGAGCAUUUCUCAAUAAAUAUGUUAUAUCUUUAAGGUGGUGCUUUUAGAGAGUUCUUGUUCAGCCCAUGUGGCCUCUCUUCCUCGGUCCCACCCUCUUCUUCCGCCCCGGAUUGUUCAUCACAUUGCAGAAGAGGAACAAACAGACCUGAAAACUGCAGACACAGCGAGUCCCUGAUCUGGAUUGGAACCAUGGUGGGCGGAGGUAGAGUGGCUUUAAUCCACCCUCCCCUGCUCAUACCAGAGCCUUGGUCCAAAUCAAGCUCCAACACCUGCAACUUGUAUGAGGAAAAAAGCUCCCAUUUGCUUUAAUUGGAGUCCCGCCACCGUAAUGUAAAUUGCAGGUGUGUGUGUGUGUUUCUGAACAACUAGCUUCAGGGGUGAGGAACUGGUGGCUCUCCAGAUGCAGAUUGACUCCAACUCCCAUAAGCAGUGUUAUAAACCCAGAUAUAUAAGCUAGGUACCAAAAUGGCACCUUAAACCAAGGUUUAUGUUUUGUUGUUUAGUCGUGUCCGACUCUUUGUGACCCCAAGGACCAGAGCACGCAAGGCACUCCUGUCUUGCACUGCCUCCCGCUGUUUGGUCAAACUCAUUUUUGUAGCUUCGAGAACACUGUCCAACCAUCUCGUCCUCUGUCGUCCCCUUCUCCUUGUGCCCUCCAUCUUUCCCAACACCAGAGUCUUUUCCAGGGAGUCUUCUCUUCUCAUGAGGUGGCCAAAGUAUUGGAGCCUCAGCUUCAGGAUCUGUCCUUCCAGUGAGCACUCAGGGCUGAUUUCCUUCAGAAUGGAUAGGUUUGAUCUUCUUGCAGUCCGUGGGACUCUCAAGAGUCUCCUUCAGCACCAUAAUUCAAAAGCAUCAGUUCUUCGGCGAUCAGCCUUCUUUAUGGUCCAGCUCUCACUUCCAUACAUCACUACUUGGAAAACCAUAGCUUUAACUAUACGGACCUUUGUUGGCAAGGUGAUGUCUCUGCUUUUUAAGAUGCUGUCUAGGUUUGUCAUUGCUUUUCUCCCAAGAAGCAGGCAUUUUUUAAUUUCGUGACUGCUGUCACCAUCUGCAGUGAUCAUGGAACCCAAGAAAGUAAAAUCUCUCACUGCCUCCAUUUCUUCCCCUUCUGUUUGCCAGGAGGUGAUGGGACCAGUGGCCAUGAUCUUCGUUUUUUUAAUGUUGAGCUUCAGACCAUAUUUUGCUCUCCUCAUUAAAAGGUUCUUUAAUUCCUUCUCAUUUUCUGCCAUCAAGGUUGUGUCAUCUGCAUAUCUGAGGUUGUUGAUAUUUCUUCCGGUAAUCUUAAUUCCGGUUUGGGAUUCAUCCAGUCCAGCCUUUCGCAUGAUGAAUUCUGCAUAUAAGUUAAAUAAGCAGGGAGACAAUAUACAGCUUUGUUGUACUCCUUUCCCAAUUUUGAACCAAUCAGUUAUUCCAUAUCCAGUUCUAACUGUAGCUUCUUGUCCCACAUACAGAUUUUUCAGGAGACAAAUGAGGUGAUCAGGCACUCCCAUUCCUUUAAGAACUUGCCAUAGUUUGCUGCGGUCGACACAGUCAAAUGCUUUUGCAUAGUCAAUGAAGCAGAAGUAGAUGUUUUUCUGUAACUCUCUAGCUUUCUCCAUAAUCCAGCGCAUGUUUGCAAUUUGGUCUCUGGUUCCUCUGCCCCUUCGAAAUCCAGCUUGCACUUCUGGGAUUUCUCGGUCCACAUACAGCUUAAGCCUGUCUUGUAGAAAUUUAAGCAUAACCUUGCUAGCGUAUGAAAUGAGCACAAUUGUGCGGUAGUUGGAGCAUUCUUUGGCACUGCCCUUCUUUGGGAUUGGGAUAUAGACUGAUCUUCUCUAAUCCUUUGGCCACUGAUGAGUUUUCCAAACUUGCUGGCAUAUUGAGUGUAGCACCUCAACAGCAUCAUCUUUUAGAAUUUUAAAUAGUUCAGCUGGAAUACCAUCACUCCCACUGGCCUUGUUAUUAGCAGUGCUUUCUAAGGCCCAUUUGACUUCACUCUCCAGGAUGUCUGGCUCAAGGUCAGCAACCACAUUACUUGGGGUGUACUAAACCAAGGUUAGAGAUGCCAAAAUGGAAUGUCUAGUUGCCAUUUUAGGGCAAGAUGGCUCUUAAGUCUUUUUUUUUCCUUCAAAUAAAUAUCAGUUAAACAUCUGACUAGUUCAGAUGACCACCUUCAGCUAAGUUAAGAGCUUUGAGAACUUAAAUAAGAAAAGCCCCUUGAUCCGGGGACAGUCCACGAAUAUUCUGGCUUAUUCUGACUUCUUUUUCUUACGUGUGACUGCUCCUGCUCAGAAAAAAUCAUUUUGGUUCCAGAAAUUCAUUCCAAUUGUGCAGAUGAAAUAUAACAGGUAGAAUUCUGUGAAAACAGUCCAGAUCCAAGGUUUCCCAGGCAUGCACCUCCAGAUGGAGGAGAUGUCAGGCGCCAUCCUGGCGUCCAGGCAUCUUCACCUGGUCGCAAGUGGUCAAAAGCCAGGUGCAAAAUGCUCCUGGCGCCUUGCUAAUUUCGAACACUGCCCAUCAGCCCAAGGUGACAUGGUCAGUGGCCAAGGAUAAUGAGAAUUGUCCACAAGGCAUGGAGAACCACAUUUUUCCUCCACCUGUGUCCUAAAGGCACUGUCCCAGAGGUGGUGUGCUCUGCAUCAGUUGUUGCUUUAACACCAGAGUGGUGGGUGAAGAAAUUCUUUGUGUUAAUGCUUUUUGCUACAAGAGUGAACAAACUUCAUUACAGUCUUCACCGUUCUUGAAGCUUGAUCCCUGAUUCCUUGCUGCUGAGAGAUCCACAGCGUGGAGAAGAUAAUGAAGGUGUUUUUCAAGCCUGGAGUACCAGCGAGCACUGUAGUCUCUGAACUGAAAUCUUCUUGUUCGUUCUGAAGAACCUCUUGACGAUUCACUUAACUUGCACCUGAGGACAAAUAUGUGUUCUGAAGCAUGAGCUGAAGGAGUUUAUACCUUGACAUUCAUCACCUUCCUAAAUAUAUAAUAGCGCCUAAUUAGGAAUUCAUGCCUAAUGAGGAAUUAGUGUUUCUGGUGGUUGGGAUGGGGGGUGGAAAUCAAGCAGGAAGUUUUCAGAUACAAUUAGCAUUUACGGUCCCUCAAGGUUGACACAGAUACACGUAAGAAGAAAGGAAAGCACCAGUUUAUGGAAAUCUAGAAACAAGAGGUACCAAUAUCCAAAUGGGAUAGAAUCGCUGUAACACUUAACGCAGGCGAGCCUUUGAAGAGCUAAGUCACUUGAAUGCAUGAACCAAAUGCAAGGCUGGGAAGAAGCCCCCUUGAAGCGUUUUGUAAGCUCCAUCUGUGCGACGUGCAUCUGCUCCAGAACCUUCAAAUCGAGCAAGUGACUGAAUAGUUUGCUGGUAGCUUUCCAUUUUAAUCUGUUAAAAGGAACGGAAGAGGAUGUGCAAUUCAGCAAGAGGCGAGCGAUAUGCUCCUGCCUACUUUCUCUGACGUCUUCUGAGAUUAGGUUGGUAUCAGCCAUGUUUGGGUCUUUCUCUGCUGUGGAGUCCGCUCUGUGGAAUCGCCUGCCAAGCAGAAACACUUGCAGGUGGAUAUUUAUGCCUGUCCCGGCUUACAUUUUGUGAUGCUUUGAUGGCUGUCCUGGAAUUGUUCUAUUUGUUCUGAGUUUGUUGUCAUUAUUUUUGAUUAUGUACUUAGCUUCAGUUUGGGGAUUAAACACACACACACACACACACACACACACACACACAGUGUGUUAAUGAUUAGUUGGCCGCCUUGAGUUUCCUUGCAAAAAAUUGGGAAUAAGAUAGUAUCUUUUACGAUAAUGCAAUUAACAACGCAAAUUGGCAAUCCAGAUUAUAAUUCCUCUAAAGGAAUGCUGAAACCCCACCAGCAAUCACAUUGUUUCAAUAGAUACUCAAGUGUGUAAGUUAAACAACUAUUGUAGGGAAAUCUUAAGCCUUUUCUGUUUACGGAGGUCUAGAUGGUGGUGGUGAUUAUGUGGGACAGUUGAUUUCUCUCCCUACGAAAUACUUACAUCCAAUAUCUAUAUGCCACCAAGCCCUCCCUUACUUAAAACAAUUAAAAUAAGCAAUUUAUGUUUUAUAGAAACAGUUGUUUAAUUUUUCCACCAAAGAUAAAGCUGAAAAUAGCAGCACUUUAAAAACUGUAAGCAUCCUGCUCACAGAGUUCAUAAUAAAAAAAAUUGAAAUAAGCUUUUAAGGUUUGUAUAAAACUAAUAAAGACGGAGCCCAACUCACCCAUCCAUUGGACGAGCCCCACAGAUAGAGCCUUUUCAGUGUUGGCUCCAUAUCUAGAUUGUUGAAGUUUGAUGGAGGGCCUUGAAGCAAGUAAGGAUGCACAUUCUUGGUAGGUCUCCACUACGAUCAAGCAAAGGAUAUCAAAACAAUAUUGAAUAACUGUAGCUGGCUGCUGCUAAGUGACUAACACUCAGUUUUUAUAGCUGCAAGGGAAGAAAAUAAUGGGAGUCUCUUAGGUACAUUGAAUUGGACCCAUUAGUAUUGUCCACACUUUUUGGCAGUGGCUCUCCAGGGCUUCAGGCUCUGGGGACCCAUCAGUACCUGUGUAUGUCAGCUCACAUGGUCAUGAUGGAGCCAGAAUUUCAUUUAUAAGUUUAUAAAUUAAAAAUAAAAUAAAAUCAGUUUGCAUUCUGUAGCAGGAGGCCAGAAUGUGUUCUAAUAAAUAUUUCAGAAUGACUAAUUGCUGCAAUGUUUUUAUAACUCUGAGCCCGGCUUCGGCUGGGGAGGGCGGGAUAUAAAUAAAAUUUUAUUUUUAUUUGUAUUAUUUUAAAAAAUUCUGCGUAAAGUUUAUCCCAUUAUUAAAAUGAAAAUACUUAAUGAUUGCCAAGGAGGAAAAAAAGUGACAGCCUGAAUGUUUAUCGGAUUCAGAGUCCUGGCAAAAUGUAGAGCCCAGAUUGUUCAACGUUCCUGCAAGAGCUUCUUUCGCUCAGUUUGGAUGACCACAGGCUAACCACAAGCGAUGAUCAGGAAGCAAAGUAGAAUUGUAUCUGCUUGCCUACUAGAUCCAUCUGUUGACACCACCUUUGGGCUUCCUGUAUAUCUAUGUCUAAACGUAAUAUUUGCGUAAGCUCCAUAUAAUUGACAGUGGAAUGGACUCUCCUUCACUGGAGAUUUUAAAGCAGAGGUUGGAUGGCCGUCUGCCAUGGAUGCUUUAGUUGAGAUUACUUCAUUUCAGGGGGUUGGACUUGAUGACCCUAAGCACCCUUUCCAACACUACAAUUCUAUGGUUCUAUAAUAAAUCAGAUGUGUAGCUCAAAACUAUGCUGUCAAUUGUCGGUAGACGCUUCGGUAUUGGAGCCAAAUAUUUUCCCCUACGUUUCAUUGGAUUCGACCCGUGUAGGUAGUAGCAGUCAGAAGAGAGAAAUGUUUAUAGGGAAUGUAGUCUCAAUAUUUGUGUACACACUUUGGAAAGAUGCGGCGUAUGCCCAAAUUUCUAUUUAUUGUCUGCCUUUGAGGCUUGCUUUAUAGCUUGUGCAUAUUAAUAGCAGGCAGUUAAAGCGAGCUUUGCGGGUUCGUCUCCCAGCAGGAAACCCCUGGGUGUUUAAAUUUCCAAUAGAAACAGGACCAAGUUCUCCAGCAGUAGUACAUAAUGUAUUUAUCACUCGGAAACGUGGAGUGGGGCCUUGCAUCAUGCUUUGCCACUCUGCAGUAAUAGAUAGCCUCUUCUAGUGCAGGUGGAAGGUCCUAGUACCUUUUCAAGCCCAUUGUUUGUUUAUGUUAUGGCAAUCGGGGAACCUCAGCGCGGGCAAACUACCUUUCUUUUGUAGCAGCUGAGCGCUACUUUACUCUUCCAGUAGUGCAGUCUUAUGAAAAGAGAAUGACGUGUAUUUAACAAGAAGCCCAGUUUACUAUAUUUGUGGAGCUGAAUGGCCUAUACAGUGGUAACUCUGGUUACAAACUUAAUUCCACCUGCCUUGCCCCACCCUCUAGUCUCUGCUUCUCAAUUUGAAUUGCAUUAUUUUAUGUACUGUGGCUUGCUGUUGUUUUAUUGAUUAUAGUUUAGAAAUUAUUUAUUGUAACUGUUGAGUGGAUUUCUGUUUAAUUUUUAUAUGUUGUUAUUAUUUAAUACUAUUCUAAUGAUGGUUGAAUGUUGCUUUUUUGAUGUAGGUUGCCUAUUUUAAAGUUUUAUUAUCACAUUUUUGUAUUGCAUCAGAUUGUUAUAGGAUGUACAUUUUUUGUUUCUUCAGCUUGUAAACCGCCUUGAGUAUUGUAAGAUAGAAAGACGUUAUACAAAUUAAAAAAUGAUGAUGAUGAUGAUGAGGUCCGUUCUUAAUCUGAAACCGUUCUUAACCUGAGGUACCACUUUAGCUAAUGGGGCCUCCUGCUGCUGCCGCAGUACGAUUUCUGUUCUCAUCCUGAGGUAAAGUUCUUAACCUGAGGUGCUACUUCCGGGUUAGCGGAGUCUGUAACCCAAGGUAUUUAUAACCCGAGGUACCACUGUAUAGCUCAGUGCUUCUGACUGGUUGCAGCCCUCCAAGGAUUCAGACGGGGUCUAACCCACCCUUACCUUGAGGUAUUGAGGAUUGAACCAAGCACAUAUUGUUACCACUGAGCCAUGGCCCUUCUGGAAGGCAGGAAGAAUGGAGUUAGGGCUGCGGCAGAAUUUCCAAGUCUGUAAGACUUCUAAGUGUCUUAAAAGGCAGAGCUGGAUGUUACAAAUGGCACAUUGCUACUCCCUGCCAAAUGAUGAGGUCCAUGUUGAAUUCCCGACUUCCUUGCCUGCUGUCUCCAUGUAAAGCAUGGCAUUGGCUUAGUGUUACGUGCAAACCAGGUCAAACAAGGAAGCAUGCUGGGAAAAAUUGUGGCUGCUUUGCUCCUUUCCCUUGCUGCUGAUGCCACGCUUCUGGGAGCUAAGCCAUUGUUUGGCCUAGUGUUUACAUUGGAACCCGGGCUUGUAAUACUACUACUAAUACACCACCCAUCUGGCUGGGUUCCCCCAGCCACUCUGGGCGGCUUCCAACAAAAUAUUAAAAUACAAUAAAACAUCAGACAUUAAAAACUCCCCUAAACAGGGCUGCCUUCAGAUGUCUUCUAAAAGUCUGGUAGUUGUUGUUCUCUUUGACAUCUGGUGGGAGAGCGUUCCACAGGGCGGGCGCCACUACCAAGAAGGCCCUCUACCUGGUUCCCUGUAACUUCGCUUCUCGCAGUGAGGGAACUGCCAGAAGGCCCUCGGAGCUGGACCUCAAUGUGUGGGCUGAACGAUGGGGGUGGAGACGCUCCUUCAGGUAUACUGGGCUGAGGCCAUUUACGGCUUUAAAGGCCAGCACCAACACUUUGAAUUGUGCUUGGAAAUGUACUAGGAGUCUUUCAAGACUGAUGUUAUGUGGUCUCAGCAACCGCUCCCAGUCACCAGUCUAGCUGCCGUAUUCUGGAUUAGAUGUAGUUUCUGGGUCACCUUCAAAGGUAGCCUCACGUAGAGCGCAUUGCAGUAGUCCAAGCGGGAGAUAACCAGAGCAUGCACCACUCUGGCGAGACAGUCCGCGGGCAAGUAGGGUCUCAGCCUGCAUACCAGAUGGAGCUGGUAGACAGCUGCCCUGGACACAGAAAUGACAUGUACCUCCAUGGACAGCUGUGAGUCCAAAAUGACUCCCAGGCUGUGUACCUGGUCCUUCAGGGGCACAGUUACCCCAUUCAGGACCAGGGAGUUCCCCACACCUGCCCGCCCCUGUCCCUCAAAAAAGGUACUUCUGUCUUGUAAGGUUUCAACUCCAAUCUGUUAGCCGCCAUCCAUCCUCCAACUGCCUCCAGGCACUCAAACAGGACCUUCACUGCCUUCACUGGUUCUGAUUUAAAAGAGAGGUACCUAGUCCAAGCCCAUUCAGUUCUGGAAUAUUUGCCAGACAUGGGGCUCAAACCCAUGACCUUGAAAUAAAGAAUCUCAUGCUCUACCAAGUCGUCUAACUCAGCAAACCAGAUGUCACCAAGGUUUGCUUUUGGCUGGGAGGUGGUGUGUGUGUGUGUGUGGAGAGAUUAGCCACCCCUGUUAGAGAGCCUAGCUCUGUCUUAAAAACUGCUCUCUUAAACUUCGGGCUGUGCUAAAAUCGGAUCAUUUUAAAGUAUAAAAUUCAUCUUAUUCUGUUGUGCAUGGUCCCAUGUGAGGGCGAGGGCCUGGAAUUUGGCCAGUAAAUACUUGAAUAAAAGGUACACACAUAUAUAUAUGUAUAUAUAUUUAAACAACCACCUUUUUUCUUUUUCGCCAAGCAACUUUGUGGAAUAUGUGAUUGGUGAGAGAACUGUAGUAUAAACUAUUCCAUCUGGCUGCUAAUUAAAAAUGUUCCUACGAGGUUAACUAUGUCCCGGUGAAUGAAGCUUGCUGAGGGUUUCUCAUUUGGAAUCAGAGUUGCCCCAGGCUGUCGGAUCUCAUCCCCCAUUAUCACUGUAGGCCCUAUAUGGCUUCAAGUAUUCAGCAAAUGCAUCACGUUUCAUCUGGUUGCGCCAGGAGGUGCUCAAAGGCUCCUGUUUGGACAUUUUGAUAAUGUCUCCUUUGUUUGCUUGCCACAGACAAAACAUUUAUUUCUGUUUUUAUUUUUAGAGCGGGGUUUUGCUUGCUAAUAUGAAGAGUUUUAUUUGGCUGUAAAAAGUGUUGGUGUAGUUUUUCAACAGGUUAAACCAGAGCUUUUCAUGUUGGUGACACACUUUUAAAGACAUGCAUCAUUUCGCGACACAGUAAUUCACUUUUACUAGCAAACCAGAGGUUAAACACAGACCCCCCUCUCCCGCCCCGGGAAGAGCGCGGGGAGCGUUCGCACGACACACCUACACACUGCAGCUGACACACGAACAUGUUGUGACACACAAUUUGGAAAGCUCUGGGUUAAACUGUUAAGGUGGCAUUCAGCAUUUGCCAAGAGCAGUCUUUCUCAGUCUUGGGCUCCCAAAUAUUUUUGGACUACGAUUUCCAUAAUGCAUAACCAUUGGCUAGGGUGGCUCUGGAUAAUGGGAGUUCUUUGCUGGAUUUCUCUUCAUUGCCCUUAUAGUUCAGGAGUGCCAACACGGUGCUAGCAGGCAGCUAUGUACUUGCAGCCGUCUCCCCUGGUUGACCACAGAAUCUCCUGCCCCUGCUAAAAUUGGGCAUGAAUUCAGCGUAUACAAUAGGUUCAAAUUUUGUGAUGCCUCCAACCAAAAGGGACAUACAAAGAAUGCACAUAUUAGGGGAAAGUAUGCAUGUAUUAGCACAUGUGUAAGUGAAAAUAACAAAUAACAAAAAACAUUAUUUGGAAUGCUUGCAAAAAUGCAUAGGAGGAACAUGCAAUAAAAUGCAAGCGAAUUUUCAUGAGGACCUUCAGAGUGGUGUGCAAACCAAAUUUAAGGCUGGAAAAAUGAGAAACUGAAAAUGACAUAUUAGUCUCUACACUGUAGUGUGUUGUGUUGAUCUGGGCACUAGUUGGCAGCAUAGUACAUGCUCUGCUGGAAGUAAACGGUAAUGAGCUUUGUGCUUCUACAGAUGUACGCCUGGGAAUUCUGAUGGACGCCUGCCUUCAAUGUGGUGAAAUCCUCCUUACCUCUCGGCAAAGCAAUAGCAAUUCAGAUGAUCUGCUCUGCAAAUGAUUUUCGGGCACAUUGUGGUAGGGAUCAUCCACCUCGGAUUGUGGCACGUGAACAGUGCUGUCAAAACGCUUCUGGGUUCAAGAAGCAUGUGCACGAAGUUCCUGUUUUGCAGAUGUGGACGUAAUAUGGAAGGGAAGCGCCACCGCUUGGUGUAGGCCAUUUGCUUUGCAUGCAGAAGGUUCGGGUUCAAUCCCUGGCAUCUUCUAGGUAGGGCUGGGAAUAUCCCUUGCCCGAAAUCCUGUUGCCAGUCACUGUGCUGUAGAAGAAGAGGAGUUUGGAUUUGAUAUCCCGCUUUAUCACUACUCUAAGGAGUCUCAAAGCAGCUAACAAUCUUUCCCUUUCUCCCCCACAACAAACACUCUGUGAGGUGAGUGGGGCUGAGAGACUUCAGAGAAGUGUGACUGGCCCAAGGUCACCCAGCAGCCGCAUGUGGAGGAGCAGGGAAUCGAACCCGGUUCCCCAGAUUACGAGACUACCGCUCUUAACCACUACACCACACUAGCCCUCAGGCUUUACUGAGCUAGUCGCUGGAUUUGGAAUAAGGUACCUUCCCAUGUUUCCUAUGGCAAAAUGAAUGUGCCAGUAAUGGAAAAGCAGUGCGAUGCAAUUCAGAAUUGGUGGUUCUGCUGUGUUCAGUGGAGUCGUCUUAAAAAUUGAUUCAGCCCGGGCUGAUCUCAAAGUGGUUACCUCCACAUUUUGCUGUGUUCCAUAUUUCAUUAACACAGUGGUGGGUGUCGCUGCGUUCGCAAAGCUGAACAUUGUCAUAACUACCCCUGUUUUAAAAGUAUUGGCCAAUACCAGAUAAUGGACCUUUUGCUUUGCGGCAACAUGGAAUACCGGGUCAAAUUCUUUGUUUGCUGACGAAUGUCUUAUAUAGCACUAUUUUGUGCGAGAGAGAGAAACGUGUUAGAGUGAAAAGAAAGAAAGAAAAUCUGCUUGGAGCUAAGUAGCGAUAAAAAUCUGGUUUUUCCUCUUCGCAAAUUCUGCUUUGGUCAUGCGAAAUAGGUAUUCCAUGAACAAUUCAGUGAUGAAACACUUCCUGGAGCAGCAAAAAGAGGCUUGGAGGAAGGAAUAGAGAGAGACCAGGCCAUGGAGAUUCCACCCUACUUUGGUAACCUCUGUCCUGACUCAAUUUGCAAUGCCUUGAAGGUAAUCUGCUUAAUUAUAUGGCUCCUGCAAAAGCAGUUUACUGUAUACUUGUGUUCCUAAAGCUCUUUCCCAUGCUGACUUGAUUGUAUACCCAUCAAGGAAGACUGCAAUGCAGUAAUUGGUGUGAGCUAGUAUUAGACAGUGAAAAGUGCAAGUCUAUGGUAACAUUUCUCUACUCCUCUGCCUGCCCCUUCCCACUUGCAAAGGAGGGGCAGGCAGGUGUGCAGUUCAUGCGUCAGAAAGGUAGCGCCUUGCGUUAUGUGCAGGGGAAUUUUUGAGGCUUGACUGUUAGGCAAGAAACUAGAAAUACGCUUUUUUCUGUUGAGUUUUGUUACUGCAUAUCAGGGGCUGCACAUGUGUAUCUCUCUGGGUCUAUUUCAGUGCACUGGACUUAAAUUCAGCGUAUGGGCCUUCGCCAGAUUUUGUACCAGAACGGUUCUGUUAAACAGUAAUGCUUUCUUUUCAGGCCAUUUAUUGGAUUAAGGUAAGAUUUGUUCUCUUAGCUGCAGAUGAUUCCAACUAAUGCAAACCAUUUUCACGCUACAGGUAGUUCUGCUCCUCUUGAUUUGGGAUUUGGGAUAUUAUUGAUAGGAACUAUAGCAUGGGUAGGCAAACUAAGGCCCGGGGGCCGGAUCCGGCCCAAUCGCCUUCUAAAUCUGGCCCACGGACAGUCCGGGAAUCAGCGUGUUUUUACACGAGUAGAAUGUGCCCUUUUAUUUAAACUGCAUCUCUGGGUUAUUUGUGGGGCAUAGGAAUUCGUUCAUUCCGUCCCCCCCAAAUAUAGUCCGGCCCCCCACAAGGUUUGAGGGACAGUGGACUGGCCCCUUGCUGAAAAAGUUUGCUGACCUCUGAACUAUAGCUAUAAAAUGGAGGGAUAUAGCAACUGCAAAUCCAUAUUUUACCUGUUGCUUGUUUUCCCCAUCACUUACCUUUCAAACACAUUUCGCAACUUGAGUUGGUCAGAAUUCUGAAUUUAAACUGAAUUGGCCACAUGGAUGUGAAUGGUGCGAAUGGAACUUAAAAUACUUGGGUGCAGUUUAUGUUAAUUGUGCUAGGAAAUGCGAAGCCAUGACUUGCAAACAGUACCUUGGGAAGAUUGUGUUUAGGCAGAUUAAUAAAGAUGUUCCUUAGGCAUAUUAAUAAAGAUGUUCCUAAUGCCUGGGAUUUCUGCCUUUGAUUUUUAUUUUGUGUGCACUUUUGCAUUAUAUACAGGUGUCCCCCUCCCCCCACUUACGCCGGGGUUAUGCCCUGGGCCCCUGCGUGUGUAAGUGAAAUCGCGUAAAGUGGGGAGCGCCCUUCAAAUGCCCUCCCUGGUGCUCUCUCACCAAUCCCAAACAAAAACACCGUAUCUAAAAUAUCCACAGUUAGAAUUGAAGCUCUGGGUCUAGCUGGAAGAUGUGUGAGAAGCGGCUGCUGCGCAACCCCACACACCAGCUGAUCGCCGGGGAGGCUGAGCAGCCUCAACAAAGUGCCACUGCAUCUCUGAUCUCUUUGGGGAUCCCUCUGCCCUCAUCAACACCCUCUUUGGGUUCCAGGGAGGUUCUCCUUGCAAGCCACAAGGACUCUCCCUCUCUCCCCCAGCAUUUCCAAGUUUGAAUUGAAUUAUUUAUUCCUGGCACUGUGCAUUUAUACGGCCGUUCACACGUGCGUACGUGGGGGGACGCUUGUACUUCAUUGGACAGUAUACAGCCUUGUGCUCAGGAAGAGGAAGGGGAAAAGUGAGUUUUACUGACUCGCCUUUCUCCUACAACCCUCCACACCUGGUUCUGGAGGGUCCUCCAACUCUCUGGAGCUCAUAUUUUGGGUGGUGGUGCUGAGAUCACUCUUUAAUCUUGAGUCUAAAUGGAGGCAAUGUCAAAGUGUAUCGAAGGAGGGUUCUCCAUUGUGUUAUCCUUCUCUGACUGCGACAGCUUCUGGUGGAGACUGUGCCUCUAGCAGGAUUUGUACACGGGGCAUCUUGAAAUGUUUUCGAAAGCAUAGCAUGUUUUAUUUAUUUUGGAUUUAGAAAUCUGAUUCCUCCCUCAAAAACCUUUGGGGAAAACAGCAACCUCUUUAUGUCAGGGUUGGGGAAUCUCCGCCACCCCCUAUUGAGGGCCACAUUCUGUGUUGUCCACUGCCCUGGGAUCUAUGGGCAUAGGGCGGUAUACAAAUUUAAUUAAUAGUACAGUGGUACCUCGGGUUACAGACGCUUCAGGUUACAGACUCCGCUAACCCAGAAGUAGUACCUCGGGUUAAGAACUUUACCUCAGGAUGAGAACAGAAAUCGCACUGCAGCGGGGGGCCCCAUUAGCUAAAGUGGUACCUCAGGUUAAGAACAGUUUCAGGUUAAGAAUGGACCUCCAGACCGAAUUAAGUUCUUAACCCGAGGUACCACUGUAAUAAUAAAUUGAUUUAGGAUAAUCUGUUGGGGAGCAACUUACUACCACCCAUUUAUCUCUCUCUGCGUACCAGACACUUUUCUCUCCUUAUCUCCUCACUGAGUGGGCUGCCAAGGGACAUACAAGUCUCUCUUGCAGAAGUUUGCCCUCUGAUUUCUUACCAAGGAGUUCCCCCUUCCAUUGCACCAUUUGUUCCGCCCUCUCCCACAUUUUGUUCUCCUCUUGUCCCCCGUCUCUUCCUCUAGUCACCCACACGUGCGCUAAAUUAGGCCGAAGGCCACAGCUUGCCCACCCUUGCUCCAUGACGGUAUCAAGGAAAUCCACACAGGAAGUAUAUUAAUAUAAUUUAUUUCACGACAGCUACACCUCCUUUGCCAAUUAACUUGUCUUUUAACACUGUCUCAUUUAGUAAUUAUGGAAACGUUAACAGAAAUUGCUGAUUUGUAUGGGUGAAAUAGCCCCGCAGAUUUUCUGCGAGAUUCAGCCUGUUAACGUUUUACCGAGGGAAUAAUUGCUUCACACACGUUUCUUAAGAUUUGAAGAGCAGGUUCAGGGAAAGGAGGAGGUGGUUACCUGAUAAUGUUGGAUCAUUAGGCAAUGGGGGGGGGGUGAAGCUGGAUUACUUCUCAAGCAAUGGAACUGGGGCUAACCAGUUUUGGAUCUCCAACCCAGCCUCCUUGCUUAUUCGCUUAUACAAAAAAAUUAAUCUUGGUUAUUUGAAGAAAUCCUGAUUACCACCAGCUAAAAUAGACGUAGCUGCUGAGGCAGUGCAUUUAUUACCAUCUAUUUCCAUAGCCUCUGCUAUGCUGUAAUGACUUGCAGGAUAAAAAAUGGCGGGUGUCCUCUGGGUACCUUUUGAUCUGGCAGCUUCCCAGUUAGAAGCUGCUACUUAUAUGCAUCCCAAAUAUCUUUAGCGUCCUUGUACAGCUUCUUGUAAUACCACCAGACAAAUCGCUGUCAGUAGAAAUCCCUGUGGACCCUCCACUGAUGCUAACUAUAUUGCAAGAGCAGCUUACGUAGGGCUUCAUGUCUUAAUUUCUUUCUUUUUUUUUUUUUUAAAAAAAACUUAUUCAAUGCCAAACGGCUAUUAAUGCAUUUUAUUUUAAAGUUCCUUGGCUUCAAAAACCAGUUGGCAACUGAUUCCAUUAUCCCAUUAGUGUUUGCCAACAGCGACUUCUGGAUCUGAAGAUGGCAAAGGAUUUCUAUAAAUAAAACUUAAGUUUUCUGACUUUGUGACAUGGUCAGAGCAAUCUGACCUUCCUGAGUAGGGGAGAUUUGUUGUGGAGCCACUGUCCUGUCUAGAGCCUUGUUCCCUGGCACAGCUUGUGUAGGUUGGGGGCAGGUAGGAAAGAGAAGGGCGUGUGUUGGUGGAUUUGCCACCCAAUUCCAUUGGGUUUUCUUGAAAUAUCCUACCUGUCCACUCCUUGCUGUUCUUCACAUGAACUACUAGCAGCCUUGUACCUGGCAUUGCUCGGGAAUUCUGAGACACCAAAAAACCAGUGCAGUUUUGAAAAGUCUGCCAUCUUGGUUCAAAAUGGUGCCCAGUGGUGUUCAUAAAUGAAAACCUGUUCCUUGAUCACAGGAGCAGUUCUGCAAAAUUUGGGUACAUCUUAAAAGGUGACAUAGUCAGCAGACAAAAGACUUCACGAAAUCUGCUAUUUCUCUUUUUUUUUGGAUGUGUGAAGAGGUACCAUUGGGAAAACUGAGAGGUAGGAGAUAAUAGAUCAUAUCCUUCCAUCUGGCAGAGAGCCUCUAAAAGGUCACACACACACACCCAGUACAUAGAGGAACGUGGUGUUCUCCUUCUUAAAGGAGCCAUAGCUGCCUUGGUGCCAUCAGGAGCAAAUAAUUUUAAUAAUUCAAUUUCUAGUCCACUGUUCAUUGAUACACAAUCCUACAGUGGGUUGCAUCAUGGAACCUACACAAAGGAUUACAACCACAAAGAGCAUUGCAAUGUAAAAGUUAAAACAUCAGAUUUUGUAAACACCGUGAGUAAUACUACAGGCGUUUUAUUGGUUUACAGCUGGCUGCAUUGCAUUAACCCCCUGCAAAGACUUCAGCUCUUUGCUUACAUUCCAGUGUCAGCUAACACUGUUGCAACCCAUAUCUUUGAGGGGAGGGCAUUCCAUAGCUGGGGUGCUGCUGCUCUGCAGCUUCACCUCAAAUCUAUUCUCAUGUCUAGCAACCAACUCGCUUCAUGUUAAGAAGAGGUGCAGAAACCGCCAUACUUGAUUGUUUGGAAGGGAUGGAAAUUGAGAGCCAAGAGUGAACAGGGACUUACAGAGAGGAGCAAUAGCCGGGACAACUCCUUCAUACGAAAUUCCCUUUUUGAUUAAUAUUUUGCUAGUUGAUAAGUGUGAAAUAUACUGUGAAAUGCAGAUUUCAAGAUAGAUUGAUUAAUUAAUUCAACUAUAUAAUUCAUUCAGAGGUGCAAAUUAGGGCUCUUUCCCCCACCCCACCCCUACGAUAACGUGCUAUGUGAAACUCUUCUCUUUUAUAAUAACCUCCAUGUGAGUUUGAAAUAAAGAAUCAUGUAAUGCAUAGAAAGAUAGUUUUUGAAGUUAUGGCAGAAAAGCUGUAUUAGAGCAGCCUUCCAAGGUGCCUUUCAGAUGCUUUGGCCAUGGUGAGUGGAGCUGAUGAGAGCUGUGGUUCUUGAGGGCACAUGUUUGGAGAACGCUGCAAUAGAGGACAAUCUUCUCUUGUAUAUGCCUUUAAAAGGCUUCUACAUUUGUCACUCUGUGUCCCUAGACAAGACGUUCUUCUUUUCUGGAACAGGGGUUUUGCAAAUUUCAUAAGGUCAAUUAGAUUUGUUCCUUGACAUUUAAAUUAUUUUCUGUAAUGGAUGGGUUUGUUCUACAAUACAUGGCCCUUGUUGAUCCCCGCAACACAUAGGUUUAUGUGUGCUACAAUGCAAAGGUGUUCUAAAUUCAGACUGACAACCCUUACAGCACAAUCCUGUACAGCUCUACUCAGUAGUAAGUCCCAUUGAGUUCAUUGGUAAGACUGAAAUGUUCCACUUUACUUCUGAACUAACCAGAGUUGCCUGUGGUGUCUGAGCUCUGGGAACCAUCAUUUGUUUAAACUAUGUUUAGUGAAAAGAAGAAGAAGAAGAAGAAGAAGAAGAAGAAGAAGAGGAGGAGUUUGGAUUUGAUAUCCCACUUUAUCACUACCCGAAGGAGUCUCAAAGCGGCUAACAUUCUCCUUUCCCUUCCUCCCCCACAACAAACACUCUGUGAGGUGAGUGAGGCUGAGAGACUUCAGAGAAGUGUGACUAGCCCAAGGUCACCCAGCAGCUGCAUCUGGAGGAGCAGAGACGCGAACCCGGUUCACCAGAUUACGAGUCUACCGCUCUUAACCACUACACCACACUGGCGUAAAAAGGGAUUUAGAUCUUGCCUUGUUCUCACUAAACUCUAGUUUAAACAAACCACAAUUCACAGAGUUUGGAAGUCGGGGAACCACCAUUUGUUCAAACUUUGUUUACUGCGUAGUCAGUAAAAAUUGCAUUUAGAUCUUGCCUUGUUUAAACAAACCACAGUUCACAGAGCUUGGAGGUCACCAGAACUGUGUUCUGUUUGAAACUGAAAAUAGAACCUUUCUAUCUCGCUCUGAUUCAUGAAAAAGGAGAGUGGAACACACAAGCUGUAGGCUCUGGCCACCUCACCUCCGCAAGGAUAUUGUAGAGCUGGAAAAGGUUUAGAAAAGUGCCAUCAAGAAUAAUCAAGAGGAUGAAGAAAGGUUGCAGCAUUUGGGACUAUUUAGUUUAAAGAAAAGGCAAGUAAGAAGCAACAUGAUAAGAGUUUAUAAAAACUUAUAAUGACAUGAAGAAAAUUUAAUAGAGAAAGGUUUUUCUCAUAGCAUUAGAACUUGUGGACAUCCAAUGAAGUUGAACAUCAGAAGAUUAAGGGGAGUUGAAAGAAAGUACCUCCUCAUAGUCAUAGUCAUACUAUGGAAUGUGCUCCCCAGGAGACGGUGAUGGCCACCAACUUGGGAUGACAUUAAAAGAGGAUUGGACAAAUUCAUGGAGGAGGAGUGGGCUAUCAGUGGUUAUACUCUACCACCCCAGUUGGAGGCAACAAUGCUACUGAACACCCGUUGCUGGAAACCACAGGAGGGGAGAAUUCUCUUGUGCUCGUGUUCUGCUCGCUUGUUUCCUGCAGGCAUCUGGUUGACCACUGUGAGAACAGGGUGUUAGACUAGAUGGGCCAUUGGCCUGAUCCAGCAGGCUGUUCUUACGUUUCUGCAGAAGCAUUCGUAGAGCAACAAUACCUCUCAGUUGGGCUUCAUAGAAUUAUAGUGUUGGAAGGUGCCCAUGGGUCAUCUUGUCCAACCCCCUGCAAUGCACAAAUCUCAGCUAAAGCAUCCAUGAUAAAUGACCACCCAGCCUCUGCUUUAAAACCUCCAGGGAAGGAGAGUCCACCGCAUCUCAUGGGCAGUCUGUUCCGCUUCCAAACUGCUCUUACUGCCUGUAAUUUCCCCCCAAAUGCUUCGUGGGAAUCUUCUUUCUUGUAACGAAGCCAUUGCCUCAAGUCCUACCCUCAAGAGCAGGAGAAAACAAGCCUGCUCCAUCUUCCAUAAAGUUAUUUGAAGAUGGCCAUCAUAUCUCUUCUCAGUCACCUCCUCUCCAGGCUAAACAUACCCUUCAACCGUUCCUCAUAAGGCUUAGUUUCCAGACCCUUGGUCAUCUUGGUUGCCUUCCUCUGCACACUUUCCUGCGUAUAACAACAACAACAACAACAACAACAACAAAUACCUCGCCCAUCUGGCUGGGUUUCACCAGCCACUCUGGGCGGCUCCAGUGUUUGUUGUGGAGUGUUUAAUAUUCUUCCAACAGAAUAUUAAAAUACAAUAGUCUAUUAAACAUUAAAAGCUUCCCUAAACAGGGCUGCCUUCAGAUGUCUUCUAGAAGUCUGGUAGUUGUUUAUCUCUUUGACAUCUGGUGGGGGGACAUUCCACAGGGCCGGUGCCACUACCGAGAAGGCCCUCUGCCUGGUUCCCUGCAGCUUGGCUUCUCGUAGCGAGGGAACCGCCAGAAGGCCCUCGGCGCUGGACCUCAGUGUCCGGGCAGAAUGAUGGGGGUGGAUAUGCUCCUUCGGGUAGAAAUAGCAGUUGAUAUAUAUGCUCCCUAAACCUGUUUUUUUUUAAGGAAAUAUGCAAUGAAUGGGAAUGUAGUUUUCCAUUCAGCAGCAGAGCAGGGGAUUGGACUAGAUGACCCUUCUAUGAUUCUGUCUAGGGUUUACCCAAUCAGUCACCAGGCCCUCUUACUGCUUCUAGGCCACAUUUAGGAAAACUAUGGUAAAGGUGUUCCAGGUCUAAGUUAAGUGAAAUAAAUACCUCUUCUUGUCAGAGCAAGUUGAAAUAAACGUGUGCUAUCUCUACUGUGCUGCUGUCACUGAUACAUAUAUUUUUUUUAAACUACACUUUUCAAUAGUAGUACUGCAAGUUUAGUCUAAACCAGUGGAAGGGAUCAAGGUUCUCUUUGAAACAUUUCAGAUGUUUUGCUCACUAGAACGUACUCUUUUCAGUCGAAAAGCUUUGUUCUUUGCAGCCAAAAUAUUGAAAGGCAUCUUGCUGGGAAGGGUGGGUGGAAAGAUUACUGCAUCCCUUGGAAUGAACUAUAACCUAAAAUGUUGAAGGCAAGGAUGUCAAGCUGGGCAAUUUAUACUUACUAGAAAGUCACCACUGUACCUGCAGCACUAGAGAAACUUAUUGCAGGACUAAGUACAAGGAGGCAGCCCAGUUUCUCCCUGUAACACGAUUUAAGUGUCUUUCAGAAGUAGCCAUUGAACACACACAGAAACCUACAGUAUUGUUUUGCUCUUGGCACUGUCCGCUAGAAAAAAUGCAUUUUUUGUUGUUGCAAGUAUCCUCCAAAGGUCAUUUAGAAUCCCUGGUGCAAAGCCUAUGCUAUUAAGUCAUUUCUGUUGGGGUUUCUGCAGGAAAUGCCACUUGGCUAGGGUUUUGGGGAGUGCUGACUGCUGCUAUCUAACCUGCCCUACCCAUCUCUUCUCUGCCUCAAAGAUAGUUUUCUGGGACCUUGUAGCAGGAAGAGAUGGGAAAGUGGAGAGUGGUUUGUUUGCGCCCUCCAAGCUGUUUUGAAAGCAUUCAAACAAGACUUGUUGAGAAAGCUUAGGCUUUUAAACCUGCAUUUCAGUUGAAAGCUGGCAAAGGCUUGAUCCUUACCCAGGCAAGCAGAGGUGUGUUUAUGCACCCGCAAACAUAACAAUGUCCUUUCGAUUAGGCUUGCAACAUUGCAUGCUAGCCAGGGCCUGAUUUAGGUUUGAUGAGGCCCUAAGCUACUGAAGGUAAUGGGGCCCUUUAUAUGUCCAGCUGUCCUUUGUCAACAACAAAUUGCUGCUGUUUUUUGUGUUGAAUAUAUACUAUAUGGUAAUUUAUGGACCUAAUAGGUAUCUAAAGCUAUUUGCACAUGCAGAAUGUAGGCAUCCUAUACAGUACAUAGAAAUGAGCAAAGCAGUGAUAUUUUAGGGAGCAGGCUAGCAGGCGGGGCCCAUGACUUACAUCAUAGGAGCAUACACAACACAAAAUACUGUUGCUGUACGUAGGUUUUAUUUUAUUUGUUUUUUAUCUUAUAUUUUGGAAAUGUACAUCCAGGUUUUCCCCCCUUUAAGUUUUUUGCGUCCGCCCAAGAGAGUGGGGCCCUAAGUUAUAGCUUGUUUAGUUUAUAUGUAAAUCUGGCACUGAUGCUAUCUCGAUUUACUCACAUACAUUAGAGUGGAGCACGGAAGAUGCAUUUCUUGUGACAAUUCAAAUUCUUCCCCUCGCAGAAAAGCAAUUCUGACAGAACGUGGGGGGAAAAGGGAGGUGAGAUUGUGAAUAUAUUAUUCACAAGUGAGAACUUUUGAACUUUUAGUUCUUCCUGCGUAAGGUGUAGCUGCUUCUUCUGUUUUAUAAGUAGGAGGCGUCGAUUUUGCCGUUGUGUUUCAGGGUGCCCGGGCAUGUCUUCGUCAUGGGGCUCCACGAAGGAUAAUGUGAGCCAGAUAUGCAAAGCUGCAAUGCUACAUGAUUCAUUGGUUCUGUGACCUGCUUUCUUAAAUGACAUUCAUAAAGCACACACCUAAACCUAUCAGUCUUGAUCUAGAUCUGUAACUGUGCUGGAAGUAGCACUGCUUGUGAUCAAUAAAAAUAUGUUCUCAUGCUUGCCAAGUACAAAGUACGCUUGGGCAUCUGAUUGAAAAGUAUCAGGGUUUUGUUUUGUUUUUGCAAGACAUUGUCCUUUUAUGUUCUGCUUAGUUAUGCUAGGAUGUUUGCCAUCAAUAAAUCUAUGCAGUGGCAUUGUGUGGGGAGGGCCAGAGGGUUGGUGGCCCCAGGCGCAUUUGUUAGGGGGCACAUUUUGCUCCUUGCCGCCCUGCCUGCCUUGUAAAGCUCUGGGGAAAUUGCUUGCAAAAACACGUGCCUUAGUUAAAAAUGUGUAUGCAGUUUUCAUGGGGAUUUUAAAAAAUAAAAUGCUGAUUGCUAUGGAAAUGUGGGAAACUGGAUUUUUAAGCUUGGAAAAACGAGAAAUUAAGAGAACCAAAUUUCACAACGUCUUUCUAUCCCUACUUUCCAGAGGUUUUUGUGAUUUUAAAUUCAAUCUCAAUUUUGCAUGUGGACUUAAAUUGAGUUUUCUUCUGUCUCUUAAGUUACAGGAGUCAACGUUUGACGGUAUCAACUGGGAAACGGAUUCACAGUUCAUUUUUUGUUGCCUUUUCUUCUCUGUUCCAACGUAGAUGUCCUUGCCCCUUUCGUCUGCCAUUAUACAGGUAAGCUGUUGGGCUCCUUUUUGGGAGAAAUGGUGAUAUACAAAUUUAAUGAAUAAAUUUUGUGUAGGGAAACAAGAAUAUUGGUAUAGUGGCAUACUGUUGUUGUUUAGUCGUUUAGUUGUGUCCGACUCUUCGUGACCCCAUGGACCAGAGCACGCCAGGCACUCCUGUCUUCCACUGCCUCCUGCAGUUUGGUCAAACUCAUGCUGGUAGCUUCGAGAACACUGUCCAACCAUUUCGUCCUCUGUCGUCCCCUUCUCCUUGUGCCCUCCAUCUUUCCCAACAUCAGGGUCUUUUCCAGGGAGUCUUCUCUUCUCAUGAGGUGGCCAAAGUAUUGGAGCCUCAGCUUCACGAUCUGUCCUUCCAGUGAGCACUCAGGGCUGAUUUCCUUCAGAAUGGAUAGGUUUGAUCUUCUUGCAGUCCAUGAGACUCUCAAGAGUCUCUUCCAACACCAUAAUUCAAAAGCAUCAAUUCUUCGGCGAUCAGCCUUGUUUAUGGUCCAGCUUUCACUUCCAUAUAUCACUACUGGGAAAACCAUAGCUUUAACUAUACGGACCAAUAUGAGUGUAAAUUUUUCAUUUUCUGGAUUAAUUUUUUUGUAAGUGUAGUGUUCAAAUUAUACUGAAUUGUUUAUUCAUAUUUUUAGUCAGUUCUGAAUUUUGUGGAGAAUCUCACCCUUUCCCCAUCGCAGCCAAUAAUCCAGGGUGGCACCUGGGUGAAGUUCUCUUCCUCCUGGGCACCUUGCAUUACUUUUCUGCCUCCUGUCAAAGUCUUUAGUAUGUCAGCACUACUUCCUGCUGAGAUAUAGCUUACUGGUGCAUUUUUUCUGGCUGUUUUCUGGAAAUCGAUAGCCAAUAUAUGCUGUUUCGUAAAAUGGAACCCUGAGGAGCCAUGUCUUGAGUUGAUAGGAAACAUGAUUUGCCAGCUGACAAUCAAGUUGCCUAAAGCUUACAGAAAGCCCUCGUAGGCUGCUCUUUCUGAAUUUGGUUCUGAGCCUCUGUGAAUAGGCACUUAUAAAAAAAUAUAGCAGCAAAAAACUCUUGCAAAUAGCAGUGUUUUACCACUUUCCUUUUUGUAUCAAGUUGUUCAGUUCCAUAUGACAAAAUACUGCUAUUUGGGAGGUUUUUUUUGGGGGGGGGGUGUCUGUGCUAUUUUUCUGUUUCUUCUUUUGAUUGCUGCGUGUCUAUUAAACAUUGAAUGGCUGUCCUCUUUCUGCCCCUGACAUCCUGCGCUCUCUGUAAUUCUCCUCAAAUUGUAAAACCAUUUCUUCAUCGCCUUCUCUAGUCACCUUCUCUUCCCCAAUUUAUGCUUUAUUCAGGAGUGGAGAAACUUGUUAAGCCCACGCUUAUUUCUCUUGGUGAUCUCAUCUGCUCAGGUGAAUUCUUAACAACCUCAUCUGAUGAGUCCCUAAAUCAGCUGCUGACCUGCCCACCUCUUCUCAGGGCCAAACCAUACAUGAUGCACAGUUCCUGAUCUCUUUCCUCCUGAUCUCAAUUUCCUUUAUUUUAUUUUUAAAAUGAAAGGCAAGCUUGAAGGAUUGCAGUUGGGAGUGGAAAAUGGGAAGGCGAGGGACAGCUUUUGUCCCAUCUACCGUUCUUCUUGAAAUUUUGGGUAUUUUUUUUUUUAAAAAGACCAGUAGAUGUUGCAAAACCAAGGGGUGGCAGCAGUAGUGAGGAGUACUAGAGGAAACUGAAUAUAUAUGCUUUAUCCAGUUUUCACGGAAAUUCUUACUUUGGGUGUGGUUUUGCAAAAUGCUCUUGUAAAAGAGCUUCAUGUCUGCUAAUAUCCUGCUAUAUAUGGGAUAGGUCAUCGAGACGGCAGAUUAUGAGGCAGCUUCAUUUCAGCACAGCUAUUUAAGCAUGAGAGGUCUGGAGGGCAGCAACACGAGAAUGGGCCUUUUCUGCAGUUGUUGUUGUUGUUUAGUUGUUUAGUUGUGUCCGACUCUUCGUGACCCCAUGGACCAGAGCAUGGCAGGCACUCCUGUCUUGCACUGCCUCCCGCAGUUUGGUCAAACUCACAUUGGUGGCUUCGAGAACACUGCCCAACCAUCUCGUCCUCUGUCGUUCCCUUCUCCUUGUGCCCUCCAUCUUUCCCAACAUCAGGUUCUUUUCCAGGGAGUCUUCUCUUCUCAUGAGGUGGCCAAAGUAUUGGAGCCUCAGCUUCACGAUCUGUCCUUCUGUGCAGUGGCUCCCCAUUUGUGGAAUGCUCUCCCCAGGAAGUCAUACCUGGCACCUUCAUUAUACUUUAGGCGCCUGGCAAAAACUUUCCUCUUGAACCAGGCCUCUGGUUGAUUGACAUCUGAUGCCCUUUGAAAAUGUGCUGAGGAUGGAGGAAUUACAGUGGUAGCUCUGGUUGCGAACGGGAUCCAUUCUGGAGGCCCGUUCACAACAUGAAAAGAGCGCAACCCACAGCGGCGCAUCUGCGCAAGCGCAGGUUGCAAUUUGGCACUUCUGCGCAUGCGUGCGAUGUCAUUUUGUGCGCAUGCACAAGCAGCGGAGCCCGGAAAUAACCCUUUCUGGUACUUCUGGGUCACCGCAGGACGUAACCUGAAAGAACGUAACAUGAAGCAAAUGUAACAUGAGGUAUGACUGUAUUGGGUUGUUCUUGUUUUUAUUUUUUAUCGUGUAUUUUAUGCUUCUAUAUUGCGGUUUUAUGCUGUGAGCCGCCCUGAGACCUGCGUGUAUCGGGCGGUAUACAAAUUUAAUAAAUAAUAAUACUCCUUUCUUCCAUAAAAAGGGACUAGAAAUAAAUAAUUUUCUUUUCUUUGAAAUGUAAGUUAUACACUGCCUGUUAACUUGUAAGAGAGGAGUGCGGUACCUUUGGCCUGCUGGCCUGCCCUGCCUAUUUGGCCCACCAGGUAGACAUGGCCACAAGCCUUACACCUGAUGCUCUAUGCGAUGUCAGGUGUGGAACAGGUAAAAUCAUAGCUGGGCCAGAAAGUCUGCACGCCCCUUUGCAAGGCUCUUUGAAGAGCCUUGCUGACUGUCAGAGCUUUAAGAGAGACCUGCACAGCCAAAGCUGCCCAAAUCAGCUGGGAUAAACUGCUCUAAUCCUCUGGAAACUCCCUAGCAUAGCGGGGGGGGGGGGGGGUGAGCUGGAGGAAGCGACUUGCAUUCAUGGUGCUUCCUUCAGAGCUUUGAAUACAAACUGCAACCUUUGGAAAGAAAAGGAAAACAGCAUCUUUUUCUUUCUUCCCAGAGGAAGGAGUUUGUAUUCCAGGCAGUGGAGGAAGUCCAUUAAAUACAAACCGCUUUCUCAGCAGAGGAGAAAAUAUUCCUUUUUCAAUAAGCUUUUCCCUGUCUCUAAUGACUUCCAAGUUGUGAUCAGCCAGUGGGCAAUUGCAGGGAGCAUCUCGGAAGGAGGUUGCUGUAACCCCCCCCUCCUCUGAACUUUUGACAGGUGUCAGUCGGGAUUGUCAGAGUCGGAGUUUGAGGAAAUAAGGAUCCGGCCCUGUGAUCGGAUCUGUUUCUGCGGCCUAGCUCUAAGGCAACAUAUGACUAUUAAUCGGAUUCAACUCAAAUGAGCAAUUGUCUGGGGGGUGCACUUGUGUUAAAAUGUUAAAAUGAAAUUGCCCCGCCAUAAAACAGGUACCGCCGAAUCGGGAGCCUCAGAGGCAAAGAGUGACAUAAGCUGAAUGUGCGGUGGAUCACAGGUGCCUUCUCAGUGACCAGCGCUUGGGUUUUCUCCAGUUUCCUGCAGAAAUACCCACACUUCAAACGCCACAUGAAUUCUGCAUGUGAUUCUGCAUGAGGCAGAUGCACUAUUUGAUCCAAGCACUGUGUGACAACCCAAUUUCAUUUGCUUUUAAUUCUCUAGCAGAGUAGUCCUGAUUUAAACACAUUCGAUGAAAAAAAUUAAUCUGAAACAAGGUUAGCUAUUGAAAGGCAACCCAAGCAAAGCAUGGGAAGCUUGUGUAUGAAUGGGAUAUUGAGGAAUUCUUAUAUUACCAGAAAUGGGUUUGGGUGUAUAUUGACUGUACAAGCAUUUGCAAAAUGUGGCGCUGUGGUCUAAACCACAGAGCCUAGGACUUGCUGAUCGGAAGGUUGGCGGUUCGAAUCCCCGCGAUGGGGUGAGCUCCCAUUGCUCUGUCCCAGCUCCUGCCAACCUAGUAGUUCGAAAGCACGUCAACGUGCAAGUAGAUAAAUAGGUACCACUCCGGCGGGAAGGUAAACGGCAUUUCCGUGGGCUGCUCUGGUUUCGCCAGAAGCGGCUUAGUCAUGCUGGCCACAUGACCCGGAAAAACUGUCUGCGGACAAACGCCGGAUCCCUUGGCCAGUAAAGCGAGAUGAGCGCCGUAACCCCAGAGUCUUUUGCGACUGGACUUAACUGUCAGGGGUCCUUUACCUUUACCUUUAAGAAUGAGAGAGGAGGGGAUUUGAAGAGAGUAUAUCUGGAUAGAUAGUGAGUACUUCCAUUUGGUGUAGAAAACCUGCCCCUCUAAAGAAGAGUUUGCUGUUUGUUCCCAUAAUCUAUCAGCUAUAUUUAUUUAUUUUGCAUAGUUUCUAUCCUGCCUUUCUGUUCAAAGUUCCCAUAACAUUUUACAUUCUGUGAAGUCUUUGUAAUUUCUUUAAAACCCACAAAUACUGAUUUUUUAAUAAUUUUUUUCAAAUGAAAAUACACAAAAGUAAUAACAAUACUAUUUUAAAAUUUUCUUUAAAAAGUUCUCUUCCCUCUUCUUUUUCCUUUGAAUUUGCAAACGGAUUAAAAAGAAGCGAUAAUAUUAAUUUUUUAAAAAUUGAAAGAAGCGAUAAAAGAGAACAAGUAGCUAUUCAAGUCAGCAGCAGCAGCCUCUUUGGGAAGCAGUUAACAUAGCCAAAGCCCUGAUUAAAAUAAGUAAGCAACCAUUAAAUGUCUUGGGAAACAAAAUGGCCGUGCACCCUUGGAUUUGGCAUGAGGGGAAGGGAAUUCUAUAACGGCUUUUAAUAUAAGCUUUGAUUUUUUGCAGUGUGUAACUGUUUGCUACUGUUCAUUGCUUAACACCAAGGACAUGCUAAGUUAUGUCUAGGGACCAGCGUCAAGAGUGGCUCACAAUAAUUUAAACAGAGGGAAUAGAAAUGGCUCCAAGAAGGUUGUAGCCAUUGAGGUGCGGUGGAGAUGUACAUUGGUUCUUUUACCCUUCUCGGCUCGAAAUGUGAUUUUUCUUCACCCUCCGGGAAUGCUUAGUAGGCUGGAGUCAGGAGGGAAGGCAUUCUGGUGACAGUGCAGACUGUUGGGAAGGCUGCGAUGGCAGGAAAUUUAAUUUAUGCCCUCUAGCUGUCAGUUGUAAGAAGAUCUUGUUACAUCGCCUCUGAGGAACUGGCCGACCUUGAUCUAAGAGCAAGGCAUUCUGAGUUGACUGAAGUGUGGAACUGGGACAGAAGCGGAAGGCCAGGGAGAGAGAUAAACAAGAGGUAACCAGGUCAGAUGUUUCUGCAGUAGUAUGUUGACAGCUACUAUAUUUCAGUCCCCUAACACCGUAUUCUCGGACAGAAUGUGCUGGGCUAGAGGCAAUGGAGGCUACAGAGUAGAUAGUCUACUGCUUCUAUUGUUCUUCGCUGUCUUCGUAAUGACCCUAACUCUUUGGGGCUGUGAAUGAGCUUAAGGAGAAUAUUGGCUGCUCCUUGUAGUUUUUAGGUUUGCCAGCUUCAUUGAGGAUCUUGCCAAUUGGGCCCCAGCAGACCCAGCACUCUAGGCCUUUUGAAAAUGUCGGAGAACCCAUCUUUCCUCGCUGGCUUUCCACAAAAGGUGUUUUAGUUUAGGGUUUUGGCUAUUGUUAGGGGUUUUUUUGGUAAUAUUUUUGUAGUUUUGGGAUGCUGCUGCUGAUUAUUACCUGCCCUUCGCCAGCAGGUCCUGGGGCAUAUGACAGGAGUUUAAAAUUCAGAAUUAUAAAUACGGUUGAAACGCAGUACAGACACAGGAAUAGGAUGGGCUCUGAAGACACAGAGAAUUCUACAACUCAGGGGCUGCCACAGGGAAUUCCCUCUUCACGGCCACCCUUCCCAAACUUCUGAGGGAUGUGGGACUACCCAGAAGACCCCCUCUGUUGACUUUACAGCCUAGGAGGGUUUGUAGGGAAGAAGCUGUCUGUUCAGAUAUUUGAGGCCUAAGUCAUAUCAAUUGCUGGCCUGUUAAUUUUAUUUUAUUUUAAUUUUAUUGGGCCUGUAUUGUUAAUUGGCAUUUUUUUGGGAAGCCACCUUGAACGAGUGUGCUUCUAAGGGUGGUGUAUAAAUAUUUUAGAUAAAAUAAGUAUAUUUCAGGCUUAAUCGGUUCUUACUACUUUCAGACUAGGCACCUAUAUCAAAUUCCAACAUCUUCAGUGUAAGUUGGGGUGGGGGCACUGGAUCUGGUUCGUGGGCUGCAUCCUGGCCACCCACCUGUCAAUACCUUUGCAUCACCUUGAGUCAGGUGAUGCGUUUCUUUUGCCAGCGUAGUUUGGAAUAAAAGGAAUGACUUUGCAGUUGCCUUCAAACCUUCCUUUCGGCAGGGAGCUGCGUCUUUAUCUGCACCACACCUAACAUAAUAGCUGAUGUCAGGUGUAGGGCAGGUGACUGUGGCUUCAGGUAAGCGGUCUGAUGGACCUAAUCAGGGCUGCAGGAUCCCCACCAAAGACACAAGUUGGUGACUUUUCAUUUGGUCGUUUGCAACUGAAUGCUGGAACAACCUCAUUGGAGAAGCAUUGUGUUUGAGGCGAUAGAUGAUAUGGGAAUUUUAUCUGAAGCUGUUUUUCCAUGCAUGCAAAUCACCACUUGCUGCUGCAACUCUUGAGUAGUGAAUCUGCAUGUGUGCACUUUCUCUUCAAAGGAAGGAAUGGGAAGUGCUUUUGCAUAUUUCUGUGUACUCAAUAUGUUCCAAUGCUCAUGAUGUUGGAGGAACCUCAGACAAAUGUUUGCAUGAAAUACGCAUCUGUUUCUCAUCUGAAUUGUGUGGGUACAAGACUCUCUCUUCAUGCAUGUGUGGAUAUGUGUUUUCUUUUAGUAAUAUUUAUCAACUGCAACAUGGACACAAGCAAGAAAACAGAUCCCCCGGUGUCAGUGGAACUGGUCCAAAAGGCAAAUCCCGACCGCAGCCCAGUGCCAUCCAUUUACGUGCCCGAACAAGGUGGCUACAAAGAGAAAUUUGUGAAUGCAGUGGAGGACAAAUACAAAUGCGAAAAGUGCCACCUCAUUUUGUGCAAUCCAAAGCAGACAGAAUGUGGGCAUCGGUAUUGCGAGACCUGUAUGAAUGCUUUGCUAAGGUUAGUGUUUCUUGGUAUUGUUUCAAUGGGGUAAAACGGUACUGAAGGCAAGGUGCUGGCUUUCUAACCUAAAUGCUUUCGUGGUCAAGUUCUAGGCAUGAAGUAACUUUGCAUGUUGAAUAUGUAUGCAUAAAGUAAAGAGCAAACACCUGGACUAGUUUCAUAUCUAGCAAUCCACAAAUGAGCUCACCAGUCAUUUUUUAAUUGGGUCAAAGUGGGCAGGUGGGCUCCCCUGUGACCUCACUCUGGACUUCAGAGGGAUUCCAGAAAAUAGUGCUCUAUGUGACACCAGGUAUGAGAUUCUGCGCCCCCCCACCUCAGUUAGGGGAACCAUACAUUUUGGUUGACUGUGAAGGCUGACCAAAACUCCUUUGCUCCUUAGUUAGUGCCUGAUACAUGUCACUGAGAGAGAAGACAGACUGGAUAGGUCAGUCGGUAGACCAUGAGACUCUUAAUUACAGGGUUGUGGGUUCAAGUCUCACAUUAGGCAAAAAAAUCCUGCAUUGCAAGGGGUUGGACUAGAUGACUCUCACAGUCCCUUCCAACACUACAAUUGUGUGGUUCUAUGACAGACAGAGGGACGCGGGUGGCGCUGUGGGUUAAACCACAGAGCCUAGGACUUGCCGAUCAGAAGGUCGGCGGUUCGAAUCCCCGCAACGGGGUGAGCUCCUGUUGCUCAGUCCCAGCUCCUGCCCACCUAGCAGUUUGAAAGCACAUCAAAGUGCAAGUAGAUAAAUAGGUACCGCUCCAGCGGGAAGGUAAACGGCGUUUCCGUGUGCUGCUCUGGUUCACCAGAGCAGCUUUGUCAUGCUGGCCACAUGACCCGGAAGCUGUACACCGGCUCCCUCGGCCAAUAAAGCGAGAUGAGUGCCGCAGAGUCGGUCACGACUGGACCUAAUGGUCAGGGGUCCCUUUACCUUUACUUUAUGACAGACAGAUAGUUGGAAAGAAUGGGAUUAUAUUUUCCCCAAAGACCAAAGAAAGAGUUUUGAAACACCUGAGAGAGUAGCUAAUUUUAAACUUCAUCUCUUGUAAGUUGAUGCUGAUAACAUUACCAUAAAUUAUUUGCCAGUUCAGAAAUAGUCCAGAGAAACGAAGGAGUUGACAUUUUCAUAUUUUGCCGGAUAGAUAUGAAACAUCCACGUCAACAAUUAUAUAGCUGUAGAAGAAAACAGGGAAGUGAAGAAGACACCAAGCCCUAGGGCCUUCCUAGUGGCUCUGAGCUUUUGGAAUGAUGGGCUGCAAUAUUGUUUCAGGCAGUUGUUAAUUGCUCGCUACUGCUGUUAAGCUCAUUGCGCAGCACCUAGGCUUCUUGUCCUUCUUGAUCCAUCACUGUAAAUAUGCAGACAUCAGAAACAAAUCUUACUAAUUCCUACAGAUAAAAGUGCUGUUUUAUUGCAAAUAAAGGAAAAAGUCUAGUUAUUUCUUCCUGGAUAUAUGUAUAAUGGAAUCAUAGGGUUGGAAGGGAACUCAAAGGCCCAUCCAGUCCAACCCCAUGAAAUGCAGGCUAUAUUAGAGAUGAAAGUCAUUUGUGUAUAUUGGGCGGGUGGCACUGUGGUCUAAACCACAGAGCCUGGGGCUUGCCGAUCAGAAGGUCGGCAGUUCGAAUCCCCACGAUGGGGUGAGCUCCCGUUGUUCAGUCCCUGCUCCUGCCAACCUAGCAGUUCAAAAGCACGUCAAAGUGCAAGUAGAUAAAUAGGUACCGCUCUGGCGGGAAGGUAAACAGCAUUUCUGUUUGCUGCUCUGGUUCACCAGAAGCGGCUUAGUCAUGCUGGCCACAUGACCCAGAAGCUGUACACCGGCUCCCUUGGCCAGCAAAGCGAGAUGAGCGCCGCAACCCCAGAGUCGUUCGCGAGUGGAGUUAAUGGACAGGGGUCCCUUUACACACACACACACACACACACACACACACAAUUUUUGUCGUAGAAUGCUGUCAUCUCACGCUGUUAACAGCUGAUAAGAGGGAGGCAAAAUAAUUAAUAAUAAUUAGAUGAGGUAAAGUGAAAGAUGGGGGGGGGAGGUUCCUGUUAUGAUGAAAUCAACUUGAGAAGAAUGAGACUUGUAAUCCAAAAUGCUAAGUUGGUGGGCAUCUCCUUCCCUAAGAUGUUUAGAUAUGUGAUUGAAUGUUAAUUGCGUUUUCUGUGUUGUACUAAGCAAAUGGCCUUCUGAAAGAGUGUGUGUGUGUGUGUGUGUGUGUGUGUGUGUGUGAAUGAAAUAAUAAUAUGAAUUUCAAAUAACCUGAAAGCUGCAAAGAGUAAAUGGCUUUGUGGUGUUUCGCUGCUCGUGCAUUGUUGUUUGCAUACCAUUACCCCUUUCUAUAUAAUUCUUCUAGAAUCAUUGUUUGCAGUGAUUGUGUGGGCUCCACUUCCAUUUCCAACUCCCGACUGUUAAAAUGAAUGGAGAGCGUGCCACCGCAUUGGGUUUGGAGCUGUGGGUGGAAAGCAAUUCCAUUCUCGGUUCUCGUGUACCUGUUAGAAUAUAACGAUUAUGCCGUGGAGCCUUUAGCACUCUCUCUCUCUGGGUCAUCUGAGGAUAGAGAGACAAGAACCACUGAAGACAGCCCAGUGAAGAUUACUGCUCAGUAUGCAGCAGUAGUUUAAAAGAGCAAACAGGAUGCUUGAGUGCAUUCAAUAAGGACUAGGAGACAAUAGCACAGUAUCAGAUGAAUGGUAUUUGUUCUAAGGCAGAACACAAGUUUCCUGCAUUAUCCUCAUCUCAAAGGGAUGGAAAAUUAGAGAGGAAAGAAAUGAAGAGAGUCAGUGGAGAUCAUAGAACUGUAGAGGUGGAAGGGACCCUGAGGGUCAUCUAGUUCAACCCCCUGCAACAACAAUCUCAGCUAAAGCAUCCAUGACAGAUGGCCAUCCAACCUCUGCUUAGAAACCUCCAAGGAAGGAGAACCCACCACCUUCCGAGGGAGUCCGUUCUGCUGUCUUAAGAGCUCUUACCAUCUGAAAGUGCUUCCUGAUGUUUAGUUGGAAUUUGCUUUCUUGUAACUUGGUUUAUUGGUUCAGGUCCCAUCCUCCAGAGCAGGAGAAAACAAGUUUGCUCCAUCUUCCGUUUGACAGCUCUUUAGCUAUUUGAAAAUGGCUAUCACAUCUCAUCUUAAGUCUCCUCUUACCCAGGUUAAACAUACCCACCUCCUUCAACCGUUCCUCAUAAAGGCUUGGUUUCCAGACCCUUGAUCAUCUUGGUAGCCCUCCUCUGCACACGCUCCAACUUGUCAACAUCCUUCUUAAAUUUUGGUGCCCAGAACUGGACACUGUAUUCCAGGUGUGGUCUGACCAGGUCAGAACAGAGUGGGACUGUUCCCUUGAUCUGGACGCUGUACUUCUGUUGAUGCAGCCUAGAAUAGCAUUAGCUUUCUUUUCUUUUUGCUGCUGCAUCACUCUGUUAACUCAUGUUAAGCUUGUGGGCCUAUUAAGACAUUAGGAAGUGUGUUGCUGUUAGCAUGACAGCAUUUAAAAGAUGAGGAUUAAAUUGACUAGAGUAAUCAAGGGCUGCAAUUGAAGUAGCUAAUAUAGGUGAUGCAAGGGCAUCGUCUAGAACAGCAAUUGCCGUUGCAUUUUGCACAACUGAAUUGCCAGCAUCCUACUUCUCCAUUGAGCGGCAGACAAUCUGGGCUGAAACUUUGGCACACAUACAGACUAUGCACUGGAGCUUUGGAGAAGAGCAGAGAUGUUGGACCUCUUUGGGAGACGCCAGCAGGUGCCCUUAGGAAGGUUCCCUCACCCCAACUGUAUCGCUGUGCUAGCACUGUGCAUGUCCAGCUGUCAGGGGGGCAUAGGGGGCUCUAUGGGAGUGGACCCCCCUCCACGCAUGAAGAACGGCAUGUGCACACAGUGUGCGUGAAGGCAUCAGCUGCGAAGCAACCUUAUCUCCCAGCAUUGUUGCUGUCAGUAAGAAAGGAAGCUUUCACUCUGUUAUGCUCUUAAGGUAAUCUUGUUGCAUCAAAGCCGACAAGUGAUUGUGAAUGGAGCAUUGCAAUAGCAUUAUGAUGCUUUUGCAAGAGCUUUUGCUCAGUGUUGCAGGUAGACGGUCUUACGGCACAAGUAGGGUGUUUUUUUUUUAAAAAAAACCUCUUUAUAGCCAUGCUUUUAAAAGUUGACCCGGAAAAAGUAAGCUUGCUACCUCAUUAAUAAAGUUAUGGCUUCCCAUUUUUAAAACAGAAUUUUAGAGAUGGAAGGGGACCCCUUGCAAUGCAGGAAUAUGCAGCUGUCCCAUGUGGGGAUCGAACCUGCAGCCUUGGGGCUAUCGGCACCACGCUCUAAUCAACUGAACUGUCCAGGCAUUUAAUGCCAUAAACUUUCAUAAUAGCCGUAAAUGGUGUAACCCAGCCUCCUCCGACCUGGUGUCCUCCUGUUGUUUAGGACUACAACUCCCAUCAUGCCUGACCAAGAAGCACCUGGUUAAGGGAAGCUAGCACAACCUCUCUUGGGAGGACUUAACCUUGUUGGUAAAGAGAAUGCAGACCUGGUGUUUUCGUGGAGCUAAUAAUAAUAAUAAUAAUAAUAAUACAUUUUAUUUAUACCCCGCUCUCCCCGGCCAGAGCCGGGCUCAGGGCGGCUAACACCAAUAAAAUCACAGUAAAAACAUAAUAGGGGGAACAAGAAAACCAAUUUAAAAUACAGGUUAAAAUGCAAUUUAAAAUGCAGCCUCAUUUUAAAAGUAGCCGAUAAAUCAAGACCAUAAGGGGAGGGAAACUUAAGGGUCAGACUGAGUCCAAACCAAAGGCCAGGUGGAAUAGCUCUGUCUUGCAGGCCCUGUGGAAAAAUGUCAAGUCCCGCAGGGCCCUAGUCUCUUGUGACAGAGCGUGCCACCAAAUCGGGGCCAGUCCUGAAAAGGCCCUGGCCCUAGUUGAGACCAAUCUAACCACCUUGCGACCUGAGACUUCCAAAAUGUAGUCAUUUGUGGACCUUAAGGUCCUCCGCGGGGCAUACCAGGAGAUUAAUACCAGGAGAUUCAUGCAGAUUAAACAAUAAAAAAGGAAGGGGAAAUAAUAAAAUUCUGCUUGAAGGAAAGGUUCUCUGAACAUCACAGGGCUGGGCCCAGACUUGCGCUGAGCAGAGCUCUCCUUGUGCUGGAAGGAUGGGAUGUGAGGCCGAGCCCUUUUCUUCCCUGUAGCCCCUUGAGCUGCUCAGCCCAGAGGGUUGAGGGGGUCAUAGAAUCAUAGAACUGUGGAGUUGGAAGGGACCCGGAGAGUCACCUAGUCCAGCCCCUGCAAUGCAGGAAUCUCAGCUAAAGCAUCCAUGAUGGACAGCCACCCAACCUCUGGUUAAAAACCUCCAAGAGUCCACCACCUCUCGUGGGAGACUAUUUUCUGGAACAGCAUAGGUGCUUGUGCUGGGGGUUGCAGUGGAAAGGGGAAACCAAUAGAAAUUGCCACCCUGCUCCCUUUCACUAGUGGGGAGCCUCUGUUGGAUCAACGCUUCCUUUGCCCUUUCAUUCAUACAGGAGAAAGUUUUGGACCCAAGUUAUAAGGUGCAUUUUGAUUUGAUUGUUUGUACUCUGCCUGCUUUUUGUGUGUAUGUGUGUCAUUUAACCUCUGUGACCAGUGCGGUCCCAACCUUUGCCUAUUUUUCUUUUUCUUUUUUUUUAAAUGUACUGACCUCUGUUUAAAUUUAUUGUCAACAUAUAUGAAAUGCUACAUGUAUGCAAACGAAGUUUUGGUGUAAGAUCAGUUGUUGUUGUUGUUUUUCUUUUCUAGCUCUGCAAUUCCAAAAUGUACAGCAUGUCAAGAAACAAUAGUGAAAGAUAAGGUAUAGUUCCAUCUCCCGACCCCCUCCCCCAAAAAACAAAAACGAACCACCUUAUUGUGCAUCUUAAACUAGGUUGCUUUGCUUAUCUCAGACAAGAAAUUGGCCUUUACUUUCUGCAGUGUAAAUGCAUUUCUAGCUCUCUUUCUCUUGCUCCAGAAUUUUUCAUGAGUGCAGUUCUUGUAUGGGUUGUCCUUUUCAAAAACAGGGCCCACCUGACCCCCAGGAAAGCUGGUUGAGCAGGAUUCUUAUAGCUGAUCUUCUAACUCCUGAUAGCAGACAGCUAAUGAUGAACUGUCUCCUUACUUGCUCGCCAUUCACAUAUAACUGCAGUUCUUCCCUGAGGAAUCAGCCGAGGUGCGUGUAGCCAACAAUCCAUAACAGGCGGAUAGAGAUGUAGUUAUCUUGCACAAGUUCUGUUAUAGCAAGGCAAGCAUGACAAGAUAGUUCUGCAGUAGGGAGUUUGCAAACAAUACACCACGGGUAGCUAACAUGGGGCCCUCCAGAUGCUGUUAGACUGCAACUACCAUCAGCCCCAGCCAGUGGAGACGAUGCCCAAGGAUGAUGGGAGUUGUAGUCCCACAACUUCUGGAGAACCCCACCACAUUGACUACCCCUGCAGUUCUCCCAAAGAACGUAAGAGCUGGUAGUGUUGAGGAUCGUGGAUUGUAUUCACAAGAGUGCUAUGGGGAAUGUUUCAUCAGUGCAAUGAUUUCUCUUCGUGCAUCAGAAUGUUCUUCACCCCAUUCACUCCCUAAACCUAUUGUAGAGGUUCCCACAACACUCUGGAGCAGAUUUGGGGGUUGUGGGGGAAAGAGGAGGGGGGAGAGGAUGAAGUCCCUUGGCACAAGUGGAAAUCGUUCUGCUUGUGCAGUUGACUAGAGCCUCAUGGAUGUGGAUCCAUGCAAGAAAGGGAAACUGUAGAAGGUUUAUAGAGUCGUGGUCAAUUCACCAGAGAAGCAGAUAGUUGCCCCAUGGUAGCAUCAAUGUGGUUAAAAACUAGAAUUACUCGUCUCUUCACAUUUUACUAGUGUGGAGUUUGCCCAGUCCCCAUGGGGGAAGUAGAUGAAGUUGCAUCCAGCGAUGAAAGAGCAGGUAUUCCCCUCAAGUACAAGUAUUGACUCGUCUUGUAGCAAAGCCAGCAGGUGAUGCUUGGCAGCGAUCAUCUAAUGGAGAUUUGUCACUAGGCGAAAGUUGGCGGGAUGGUGGAGGCUGCCGUGAAAACCCUGCUUCUGGUCCUGCUGCACCAGUCAGUGGCUCUGCGUUGACACUCAAGCUGGGCAGGUGCUUGGAAGACAGCUAGGCAGGUGCAUCUGCUGAAGGAAAACACGCAGGGCAUGUCCCAGAAGCCCUAGAAGGUUAGAUGCUCCCUAUGCAGAAAGUGUGCAGGUGCGCAUUGUCCCUGAUCAGGAGACACAUAGCCGUGGUGUAAUCAGCUGUGAUUCGUAAGCACAGCUCCUCUGCUGCUACUGGGAUGAGGCUAAUGAAUGACAGGCAGGUAGGAACUCCAGCCUUAACGAUAUAUACAGCCAGGUAGUCAACAGCAUGCGGUCUCUGAGAACAAUGCUGCAUUCCGCAGUCCCAGAGAGGUGCAGUCAUGCAGAUAGAGGCUAACAAAAGGCUGUGCAGGCGUGGGCUGCUGAUGAAGUUCACUUGAAGGCGAAUCAAAUCGGAGGGAUGCUGAGGAGCAUGCAGGCAGCGCAGAAGGAGUAGAAGAAAGCCUGCCGUGCAAAUAAAGCAUUCAUAGCAGAAGGCUAGAUGUUGUGGUCACAGACCCAAACGCUCCUUCGAAGGCAGCACGCUCCAGGAUUGAAGCCAGGUUAGAAGGCUACAGGUUUUUUGGAGCAAGUCUGCACAGCAGGAGUGGGGAGCAAUUUUGGCCCCUAGAGCUGCCCUUUGCUCAUGGGCAGGCUCCUGGGGACUAGAUGCCAGUGGCACGUGGGGCCAGACUCAAAGCUGCAUGCAACUCUUGACCAUUGUGCAAAAGCCAGAGGUUUUGUAGACACACAUACCUGCUUCUCAUCAUGGCAAGCAAGAAGUUUUGUUGACAUUUCAGCCAGGCAAGAGCACUCCAGGAAGGGCUGGUGACAGGUGAGGCCUGGGUGAGACCCUCAAGGACCGGAUGGAGAUGCAUGGAGGGCCACAUUUUAAGGGUCCUCUCACCUUACAGCAUACACUUUGUGCUAGAACUUGUUGGGAACCGAGAUCAUUCAGGGAAAAGCAGUUAUGUACCCAGAAAACGUGGUGCCUAUGUAGUUGAGUGCAUUUCAACUGUAUGUGCUUUAUGCCAAGGGGUGCCAAGUGUAGGGCACUGGGGCUUUGGCUGGGACUGCCUCUGUAAUGAGCACCAAGUCAUAGGCCAGAUGUCAAGGCCACCAGCGGCCACUAGGUGUUGAAGUAGGUUGGUGGUUCGUGCCCACCCAGGGACACCAUCGUAGGUGUCAAGGCCACCUGUACCAAAGAAAAUGCCCACACUGAGCCCAUAAAAUGUAGAGGAUGCGAGGUUCCAAGGCUGAGUCCAGGUCCUAGAGCAGCCAGGAAUGAGAAAACAGGAGAUACUGAAGCUUGAACACCCUUUGUACAGAGAACACGCGAUGCCGAGGAUAGAGUUGGAUAUCAGGGGCAAAGGAUGGGACUUGCCACUGAAACCGUCAUUGAUGAGAAAUGUUAGGUACUGAAAUUGGAAUGUAAGCAGAGAAACUUUGCAUUAAAAACCCCCAAUAACUGAGACUUGAGCUGGGGUUCAAACCUGUCAGGACAGAGAGAGAGGCUAGAUAUUGGGACUGGCACUAGGCAUGAGGUGGUGCUGAGGAACUGUAGGCACCAGAAUACAAGCUAAACAUCAAGACUGCCAGUUUAGAGAAACACUCUAGGUACCAAGGCAUGUGCUUGGCUCCUGAGACUUCCAGAUCCAAGGGAUGCCAGCUGUUUAGGCUUGAACUGGAGCCUGCCAAGAAAUGCUCUAGGUACUACAGCUUUAGCAGGAUACUGAGACUGUUCAUAUGAAGGUAAUCCUGGUAUCCAGACUGGAGCUGGGCACCAAGACUGCAGUCGUGGUAUUUGAAACGCAUGCAGUGUAGGAGAAAGGAUGGCUGUCGAUACCAGCCCCAUGCCUCCGUUGCAUUGUUGUGAGAAUUGGGUCAUUUGAAAACCCAACAGGACUGAAUCCUUAAAACCAGGUGGUCUAUGAAUCAGUGUCAAGAUCAACAGUCCUUCAAGCUUUAUGGUCAACAAUCUGUGAUCAAGACCAGUGUGGGAACAGAGGUAGGUGGCACAAGGCACACUUCACGUUCCAAAACCAUACCCAAGCAAGUUAAUACAAGCACCUGGGUCAAACGUUGGACACUUAGGGAGGUUAUAACAGUAGCAUUGACGUCAGACUGGGCAUCAGUCCAGAGAAAUGAAGGUGCCUGUUCAAGGGCAAUUAAUGCCCAUAGAGGGACGUGAGUGUGAAUCCCAACACAAUGCAGGAAAAUGGCAAAACACAAGGUGAGCAACAGCUCAGUUAGGCCCUGUUGCUCAAGCAGAUAAUCCACUAAGGCAGCAAUCCCUCUUGUACUCUGCCAUCCCCAGGAGCAGCCAAAGGCCAGUCUGGAAUUUUCUUCCUCAAGAAGCUGUAGAGAGAUAGCUUGCCACAUGGAGCAGUGGUCAGCAGUUGUUGACGACAUCAUCCAGGAAGACUCCUCCUACUUCCUUAUUGGAGCGGAGGGUGGGAAGGGAGGUGGGGAUUGAUAAUGCGUCACCAUGCCAAAGCUAGUUGAGCUGGAGGCUUCUUAGAAGUGUUGACUCUUCUUCAGUGCCUAGUAAAGACAAAUUGUAACUGUUGUUUCGUGGUUGUUUUCAUAUUUCUUCACUCUAUCAUGGGUUUGGCCACCUGAUCCCUUCUCUCGUUCUCUGUUCCUUUGCUGCUACUGCAGCUGAGCUUGUUGCAUUUUUGCUACAGAGCGUUUUUGGUGCACACUCUUCACUGUCCUAUUGCGUUUCUCUCCUCCCUGGUUGCUCAUGGCAGAUUUCUAUAACCCAGUGUAGGCUUUUGUUUCAUCAUAAAGCCGAUUUCCUUUCCCACGGGCCAUCUGUCCUAUCUUCAGAUGUUCUAAACUUGGGUCUGUGUGGUCUGCGGAAAAGAGAGUUGGGUGUUUGCUGGGCCACAAGAAGCAUAGUGUGUUCUGCCACCUGUGAUGGGGUAGACACUGGUUCUCUCCAGGUGUCAUCAGCCCAAGCCUCAACUCCAACCUAUGUUGGGAGGCAUAUGUAGAGGGGACCAUAUCAGUGACCUGUGAUCACACUUUGUCUGUGCAUACACCACAAUAAACCUGUGGGCAUCAUAUUGGUCAGAAGGAAUGAAUGCUCAUUGACUUCACUCAGGUUCUCUUGGCUCCAUGGGGCCUAGAAAACUGUCUGGGUGAUUCAAAAUCAGUUAAUUUUAUUUAUUUAUUAUAUACCACCCUUCAUUCUAAAAUCUCAGGGCGGUCCACAGAUUAAAAGACAAGAUAAAAGCAAGUUUACUGGUGUGUGUAGUCUAGCCUUCCCAAUCUGGUGCCCUACAGAGGUUGCCCAACUCCCAUCAGCCCCAACCAGCAAUGGCCCAUUGGUCAGGAAUGAUGGGAAUUGUAGUCCCUUUGGAAGGGUGCCAAUUGGGCUGAUGUGGUUCGUGGUCUGCCACUAACACAGUCAAAUAACGUAGAUCACUUCAGAACCUUCUUCCCCAAUUUUUGUGGCAUUGUGGUUGUUCAGCAUCUUCAGUCUAAGAGGCUUCUUCACGGCUGGGCUUUUUAAAGGAUAAAUCUGUACCAGCUGAAGAUCUGAAAGGCUACCUACAGAGGAUAUUCAGUUUUAAUUCAGAAUGGCCAGUCAUACCAUUUGAUUCAUUGGGAUGCCAGCUAAAAAAUUUGUAGCUCCUCAUUCAUGUUGCUUUGCAAAACCAAGAGCAAACCUGCUUGUAUCCUAGCUUUUUGUACUCGUGUGUCUGCUAAUAAAAAAGGCAAAUUAUUUGAGCAGAGAAACGAGUGUUCUAAAAGUGUAGACAACCUUCAGACCUGUAUUCAUAGCACAGAAGAACAUGAUAUAAAUAAAAAAGAGCUCUUUCCCAGGCUACUUUGGACAUCGCAGCAACACUGUUGUCUUGCUGUGCAUGCAGAAAUCAGGAUGUUUUCAUUGUGCUGAUUGAUAGCCUGUCGGCACGAGGUGACAACGGCAGCACCAGUGCUCAAAACUGGUGUUAGCCGAUAUUGUUCUCGAGAAAUUGCUCUGAAAACAAUUUCCCUCAUUUCAUGAGAAUCUCUGUGUGUCUUUAUAUAGCUGUUCAAAAGCUGGCCUUUUAGUCAGCCACUUACAAUCAUGCAGCAGAGCUGCAAUAGUGUGAAGACUUGGACCACUGCUAUAACCAUCUGUUAAAUGUCUCUUAAUUCUAGAUAUUUAAGGAUAAUUGCUGUCGGAGGGAGCUUCUUGCCCUUCAGAUAUUCUGCAGGAAUGAAAAUAAAGGUUGCAGAGAACAAUUGACCUUGGGACAGUUGCUUGUAAGUAGUUGGAAUAUCUUGCAAUUACUUUCCCCCCCAGUUUACAGAAUGGUGUGGUCUAUGUUCUGUGGUCAACUAACUAAAGUUCCCCAGCAGGUGCAUUCGCACAUUAAGGUAAGCCAGGGUUCCUCACUUACGCACGUUAAUACCCACGAGCUCCCCAAAUGCUCCUGCGUCACCCCUCCCCUGGUGCAAGUGGGAGAAAUGAAAAAAGGAAGUUGCAUCUAAGAAUGGCUUCCCAUUACAUCUCGUUUAUUUCUCCUUAAUAAGGCAGGAUUGCUACUCAACCUUAAGCCAUGGUUUGAUAUUGGCUUAAGCCAUGGUUAGUCAAUAGGCUUACAGAGCCCAGCCUGUUAGGAAGCAGCAAACCACAGUUCUGGGUUUGUAUGCGAUGGGAAGCCAGUUUUUAACUGCAGCUGCUUGUUUUGCUUCCUGGCUUGUGCACAGGGAGGGAGUGAUUGGGCAGCAUGUGCAAGCGUGCCGUUCAUCCAAAGCAAACUACGACACGCCAGAAACCUUGGCUUAUUGUGAUGUGCAAACGUGUCCUCCCUAUUAACCAAAACGAGGGAACGAAUGUUGGAAAGCAGAGCGGCUAAUGACUUCUAGACUUCGAAACCUCGAAUAUCAUUCCCUGUUGAAAACAUUAAGGGUGGAUUUUGAGAUCUCAAAAAAACAGACCAAGCACCUUCAGUCUGAUCUUUCUCUUGCUUUUCUCAACACUUACUCCCCCUGCUUUUUCUCGCCUGGUCCAGCCCUCAGUCAGGUCACACUCUGGUCACUGUUUGUGACCUAUCAGAUCAAAACCAAAGCACCAGAAUAAAGUGACUAUCUGCCACGGGGUGUUGUAAACCAGCUCCUAAUGCAAUGUGAGAAAAGGCGCUGGUUAUCCAAGCAUAGUUGGCAGAAGCUACAUUUUCAUCUGCAUCUAUUGGAAUUGCUUUUUCGACUUUUUGAUUGUUUUAUCGCUUAUAUGAUUACUAUCCUGGGUUAAACCACAGAGUCACAACUGGACCUAAUGGUCAGGGGUCCCUUUACCUUUACCUUUAUGAUUACCAUCCUGGGCUCCCUUGGGAGGAAAGGUGGGGCAUUUAAUUCAUUAAAUGUGUGCGAAAAGGAAGUGUUUGCAACGGUGGGUAGAGGAGGUAAGAUGUUUGGAACUGUGCUGUUAAGAUUUGUGUGGUCACGAAAGAUGUCAGGUACCAAUAUUUUGCUUUUUUGAACAAAGUUGGGAAACCUCCUUACCUUUUCUGGGUGCCACUUUGUUAAGUUUUAGGAGUUAGCCUCAAAGGUAUCAACCACCACUUCUGCAAAAGGCAUAUUUAAAGCUUUUCUGGGUGGCAACCGCAGGUGUGUAGGUAGCCAGGUGUCUUGAGAUUUUUCCAGCUUUGUGCUAGUUAGUUACCGUAUUUUUCGCUCUAUUAGACGCACCUUUUCCCUCCUAAAAAGUAAGGGGAAAUGUGUGUGGAGCGAAUGCAGGCUGCACGGCUGUCCCAGAAGCCAGAAAAGCAAGAGGCUAUCCCAGAAGCCAGAUCCCUCUUGCUGUUCUGGCUUUUGGGAUUCAGAAUAUUUUUGUUCUUGUUUUCCUCCUCCAAAAACUAGGUGCGUCUUUAUAGGGCGAAAAAUAUGGUAUAUUUGCACUUAAUUUGAAACAAGGGAAAGGGUUGAUUUUGAGAAAGAGUGGUGCUAUCUCUCUUUAAAUUAACUUGGUAAGAUUCACCUGUUAAUGGCUAAAGUGAGAAAAUGUGAAACCCCAAAGUGUACAUGACCGCCUGGUACAUGUUUGCUUCAGACCCACCUGAGAAAUGACUGUCUGUUUGAAGAGCUUCCAUGCCCUCGGGCUGAUUGCAAGGAGAAAAUACUUCGAAGAGACUUGCCAGACCACGCAGAGAAGACCUGUAAAUAUCGGGAAACAACGUGUAAAUACUGUAAAAACCAAGUCCCAAUGAUUAUGAUACAGGUGAGUGUUGCUUUUCACUAAAAUAGUUCAUUGCUAAAAGUUGUCGUUGCUUUUUCAACUUCUGUAUAGCAGAAACUUUAAAAAGGUUGGUUUUUUUAACAGUAGAGAGGCAUUUGGACCCACAAAUGGUGCUGUACUAUAGAACCUGUGAUUUCUGCUUAGAAUCUAAUGUGAUCCGCAGUAAAUGGGACACUGUGCCCAGUGCAGGAAGACACCUCUUCUCUUUACUGGAGAGACAUUUUAAGCUGAUCAAAAGGAGACCUGCUCUUAAUUAACAGCUGCUUCCUUGGAGGCGCCUCUUUUGGUCACAAGAUAAACCCAUCCAUGUUUUAUCAUAUCAGGCAGCCUUCCAGUGACAUUCUGAAAAUGAAAAGAAAGCAAACAAUUCUCUCUGCCCUUCAGAAGGGGGAAGGGGGUUUUUUUGUGGGGAGGGAAGGGAAUCAAAGUUAUGCAAACGAGAUCUUUAAAUAUCUUUUGUUCUGCUAGCUAGAACUCAAGGAUUCGUAGACGCUGCAUGCCUCGCAGAGUUGGAAAUCCCCUUUGUAGCUCAAGAACUAACAAACCGAUUUUCCAUAGCUUUCCAGAGCCUGGCGACUUUUGCACUGGUUCCUAAUUUUUCCUAAUUUUUGUCAACUUGUUUUAUUGUCUCUUAUAUGUCAAAUGCUUUGCUUUAUUCUGUAUCGUGCCCUGGUAUCUGCACUGAUGACCAGUGUAAUAGAAGCCUGUUAAUUAAUCAGUUAGUUUAACUUCAUUAUACACCUUUAGGCACCAGGCAAAAUACGUUUCCUCUUUAACCAGGUGUUUGGUUGUUUGACAUCCAGCGCCCUUUUAAAAUGUGUUAGGGAUUAUAGGGUUGUUGUUCUUGUUUUCAUUAUGUAUUUUGUGUUUUUAUAUUGUGAUUUUAUAUUGUGAACUGCCCUGAGACCUGAGGGUAUAGGGUAGAAUACUACUACUACUACUACUACUACUAAUAAUAAUAAUAAACAACUUAACAACACAGAGAACUGUAAAUUCACGGUGUCAGCCCCCCAUGUGCAUGGCUGAUAUAUAUAUAUUUAUUUAUAGAUUUCAUAUAUCACCUAAUCACAACUGUGUCUAAGGAAUGCAAUACAGUACAAUGAAAAUUAAAAUGGUUUAAAACUAUAACAUCGGAAUUGCAGCUAUAUAGUCUGAAAUCCAUGCAGUUAAUAUUUUAUGGAGUUUUGGGGGGGGAGAAGUUGUAGGGAAGAAAUCUGAUAAAUGGUAGCGAUGAUGAUAAUAGCAUUUGGGGACCCGAGGUUGAAGAGUGUGCUACAGCUGGAAGCAAGGGUUUUUAGUUUAUUUACUCUAAUAAUUCAUUUUAAAAUAAUGUGCACCCUUGUGAAUUAUAUCAGAAAGGAAAUAAGUGUGUUGAUGCUCUAAGUGUGACAUCAGUAACGAGUGUUGCAGGACUUCAUAAACACCGCAAUAUGUCUCUGAAGAUCAGAGUACUGAGAUGUAAAUUACGAAGGAGAAACGUGCUGGUUCUUUAAUGUCCUCCUGUGAAAAUUAUUAAUGGACUUUCAAGUGUGUGAUUUUCCCUUUCUUCCGCUUAGAAACAUGAAGAUGCAGACUGCCCUUGCGUUAUGGUCACGUGUCCUCAUAAAUGUAGCGUUUCAGCGCUCCUGAGAAAAGAGGUAAGAGAUCAUAUUGCACAGCCAUUCAUGAAAAUGAAAGAAUGAAGAAUAGCCUGUCAUAUAUUACUCGGCUUAGAAUGUUGUUCUUAGUAAUAACGUGCAAGAAAUUUGCGAGAAGAAGCAGCUCCAGUAUGCGCUUUUUUUUUUUUUUUUUUGGAAAAAGGAAACAAACCUUCGUACUGUUAUAAAGAAAUCUCUAUAGACUUCUCUGAUUUUGUAAUGCAGAUUCCGCUUCCUCCUCUCCUAAAUUUUUGGCGUUGAUCCCAUCUAUUUUCUCAUCGCUUCAGUCAUAGUUAGAGCUAAAUUCAAAAUGCUUACUGCAGGUAUCAGAGAAUAACUUCUUAGCGUCGUGUAACCUUUGCAUCAUUUAGGUGGUGUUCGUAUUCUGAAUUUAAGUUGUAGUUUUAAAUGCUUUAAAAGUUGGUUUUUUAAAAAAAACAACACCCUAAAAUAAUUUUAAUAACAGAGUUCAUAAUAUGUAGUCUUGCAGUCUGCUUCUCCAACAUUGAGGCUGGGUUUUGUUUUUUACAAAAAGACCCAGUUUUUAAAAAUGUUUUGUGUAGUACCCAACAAAGCAGUUCCGUUAGCGCAAGGAUUUCUGUGAGUACAAAUCCCUGCUCUCUACGCUCUCUGUGCACCUCUGCGCUCUCCCCAUAUCUGUUCUGGAUGGUUGGGAGAAACCCUGAAACGGAUUUAGGGGGUUGGGGAUGGGAAGUUUCUUUACGCAACCAGAAGUCUUUGCACCAACAGGACGGUUGGCGUACGGCAUGUGCCAACCAAACGUGUGCAGCUCCCCAAGCGCGUGCAAGUUUGUGCUGGAAGAAAUUCAGUCGGACUCCCAACUUUUCAGUCAGUUCAGUCCUUUACUGACCAGGUCCAAAGCUUUAAGGCAGUUUCAAUACACUAUAUGCUUCCACUAGAUCCGUAGUAGAAGGUGAAGGCUUCAAAUGCAAAGCAAGUGCAACUCACAACAUACAUCCAGCACAGAGUUCAGUAUCAAUCUGGCAGAUCUUCCUCGCGGCAAAGCAAGAAGGCAAUGCACGGCCCCCUCUUAAUAUACCCAAGAACGACCACACUUUUGCCAGGUCACUUUGACCUUCAAACACUAAUUACAAUACCUGAAGGUGCAAGAUAAGGGAAACAUGGGCACCAGAUUUUCAACAGCAAUUGAAAGAACCUCAACAAGAACUACCUCAUUAUAGCGGAUCCAGCCACUUAUCGCCAAUUGAUAACGCAGCGGACUCGCCCUGCUAACUGUCAUAGCGUGCACACCUCACCGUACAUCAAUUAAUACAGAGUUUUGCAAAUUUACCACGGGGUGUCCGGGGGUGGGGGACUUGUGUGAGGGAAAACUUAAUGAUUUAGAGUCCCAGGCAGCAGUUGAUCAAACAAACAAGGACAGUGUAUUCAACAAAGAGAAGUUAACUUAUUACUAGAAGUGGGCAAAAAAGAUGUCACGGUCUUAAAUACACUAGGAUAGGCACAGCUCUUCUUAAACUCCAGCCGCUAUUAAUCAGCUGGUAAGAUGCUUAAAUCACUUUCUGUUACUUAGCAAUGACAGGCGGUUCCAUUAAAUACUUUUAUUGCAACACAGCUUCCUUCACAGAUUUAUUACCCUGGUUCAUGAGCGAGGGGCACUUUCCCCCAGUUACCCACUCACUUAACAAUCUCACUCCUGAGGUAUUUCAAAAUAGCAUAACAGACCCAGGUGAUCACCUCACCUGUUGUUACUGGGUUGAGAGUUUUGGACCUAGAAGAACUCUCCCUUCCUGGCUAGAAAGAGAUGCCGUUGGUCUGAAUUCCCACAGGUUCUCCCUCUCCCAGUUCAGUCCCAGCCCUCCCAGGACACUCCUGUCUGUGUACCUUUCCCAGACCCUCAACCCGGUCUUCCUAUCUAAGCUACAAGUCUCUGUCCUCUCUCUAUGGAUAGUCUCCUCAGUGUGGAUGUUUAAUUGAACUCAGGACCAGUUCUCCCUCAGUCUCACUCCCAUCUCAAAACAAGCCCUGUCCAUCUUCUCAAAUCCGGCCCUAUCUCUCCUCUUAAAUCAAGCCCUAUCUCUCAACCUAAACCCUGUCUAACAUCUCAAAUCAAGCCCUAUCUCAUAACCUGAACCUUAGCCUUCUCUAACUCUCUCCCUCCAAAACCGCUUCUUUUAUUCUCUCUCCCAAAGUGAUGCUCCUCCCCCUUUGUGUGACUAGCUGACUCUGUAGCCAAUCAGAGAGAGGCUCCGGUACUCUGGUGGAGUUUCAGGGGAAAACUGCACCAUCAGAUUGGUCUGGCUCGGCCGGCUGUCACAACCACCCUUUGCAUUUGAUAUUGUGUACGCACAGACAUCUCCUGCUACACUUAAUUUGACCUGUGGAUUUUUUUUGUUACUGGGAACAAAACUUAUGCACUGGUAAUUUAACUUUAAAGAGGUGAUCCAGCUCCUGUAACCAUCAUUUUCAAGUAUAGCGUUAAGAGUGACUUAAUUACUCAGUCUUUAGGAUUAACAUCUAGCUGCAGAAAGUAAGAAUGAGCAUCCUAUGGGAUUGCAGGGUAGAACUGGAAGAUGUGGAAGGGGUAGAGCAGCUAUUGCCUGUUGUCUGUUGCUUCUCCCCUGCAACACUGUCCAGCCAUUUUUUCCUUGCCGUGCCCUACCAUGUCCAAAACUGAAAACAAACUGCAGGGAGGGAAGGCCCUAGUGGAAAAUCUCUGGGAGUACCCCAUAUUCUGCCCUUCAGUUCUCAUUUGACAUUUUUGUACGAGCACAUAAAUGCACCUCACAUCAUUAACUGUCACACACAUUUAUGGAAAUACAUUGACCAGCGUCAUGUAUUGUUCCACAUUAGUUUAUUGGUAUGAAAUAGGGGGAAAAUAGUAUUGUGAUGGUCCAAUAAGGCAUACUAUUUAGCUGUCUGUAUGGAUCAAUGAGGAACCCGGGUGGCGCUGUGGGUUAAACCACAGAGCCUAGGACUUGCCGAUCAGAAGGUUGGUGGUUCGAAUCCCUGCGACGGGGUGAGCUCCUGUUGCUCGGUCCCUGCUCCUGCCAACCUAGCAGUUUGAAAGCACGUCAAAGUGCAAGUAGAUAAAUAGGUACCGCUCCAGCGGAAAGGUAAAUGGCGUUUCUGUGCGCUGCUCUGGUUCGCCAGAAGCAGCUUAGUCAUGCUGGCCACAUGACCCGGAAGCUGUACGCCGGCUCCCUCGACCAAUAAAGCGAGAUGAGCGCCGCAACCUCAGAGUUGGUCACGACCGGACCUAAUGGUCAGGGGUCCCUUUAUCUUUUUAUGGAUCAAUGAUACUAACUUUCUUAAGAUAUAAAUCCUUAAGCCUGUUUACUAAUGGUCCACUGACAUGGAAGUUAAGACCCUAGAAGAUGCUAACUUAGCAUCAUGCUAAGUUGAUUGUUCCGUCAAAACAAGAAUUUCAUUUGCCAAAUGGAACCAUCUCCCCUGUUUCUCCCCUGCAUACUGUUCUGAGGUUCUCCUGAGUUGAUUAUGGGGAACUCAAGUGAGAGGGAAGUCUUGUUAUGCCAGAUUCUGUUGUAUCUGACCCUAGAGUCAAGAGCACCCCAAGAAUGCUCAGUAUUGAUAUCGGGACAUACUAAUAAACAUCAGUAUUUUAGCACAACAACACAACCGACAGAGGUGAUUUCUCAAACUUGGGGAGCAGGCCUGUCAUAAGUCAAAGUGUGUGUGCUGAGCAGAGGUCGGGAGCAGAGAGAGAGAGAGAGAGAGAGAGAGAGAGAGAGAGAGAGAGAGAACAUAUAAUUAAUGCCUGCUUUCUCAUGGGUAAUAUACUACAAAACGCCAGGUUUCAGUCCCGCCUCCCAAAAUGGUGGGGAACAAUCCCACAGGCAUCUCUAAAAGAGAGGAGCAUGCUCAUUAUUCUCGAUGUGCUGUGGAGCCACCUUUUCAAUCCGCUGGCGAAUCUGGUGCAAAGAUUAUAUGAGCUGAUUUAUCUUCCUGCGAGCUGUCCUGGUUUGGGCUGUGUAGACUGUGCACAGACAAUGUAGUGAACUUGGAAAGGUAAAUUGCAAUUUAAUAAACCUGAGGUAAUGCCCCAAAUCAGGUGAUCUGAACUUUUGAGGCCAGACAAUAUUUGUGGUCAGCACCAACUCCCAAGGGAUGUUUUGGAGGCAUGUAAGGCCGAAGCUCUGGAUGUGGUCAGUGGCCUGAAAUGGGGACUCCUUGGGAAUAACAUAUGUGAUGCCUUGGUUUCCAUGAUGGAAGAAAGGUGGGGUAUAAAUGUAAGAGGAAUGAAUCCAUCAGUUCCAUCUCCUCACUAAGUCUUCUGGUUCAUAAAGAGUUUUCAGGAUUAGACCUUUAGUAAAUUCCUAGAUUAUUUCUGUGCUUUGUGAUAAUAGGGACAUAUCAUCUGCUGUUUCUCUUGCUUUUCUCUCACACAUGUGCUACAAACCUCAAACAAAAAGCUGGCUAUGCAGGCCUUCUUAUUAGCUGCAAGGAUGGGCCGAGGAGUGAGGCAGUUUGAAGCUGUGGAGAGAUUGUACAUGAUAGGCCAGACUUGGGUCUCCAGCUGUUUUUGGACUCCAGUUCCCAUCAUCCCUGACCACUUAGGGAUGAUAGGAGUUGCAGUCCAAAACCAGCUGGAGACCCAAGUUUGGUAUACCCUGCCCUAGGCUCUGGAAUAGGCAAUAUUAGGACCCUGGAAGGUCCUAAAGCAGAUGUAGGGAACAGGAAACAUAGUUCUCCAGAAGUUCUUGGACUCCAGCUCCCAUCAUCCCCAGGCAGCAUGGCCAGUGGUUGGGGAUUAUGGGAGUGGUAGUUUAGCAACGCCUGUCCAAAAACAUUUCAAGGAAACUUACGGACCUUUGCUUCCUUUAUCAUUUAUCCAUUUUCUUGCUGUCUUCUGUUUUGAUCUUAGCUGCUGCCCUCUCAGCCAAAACUAGCUGAAAUCCCAGGGUGCUUAUAUAUGCUGAGUGUGAAAGAUCCUUUCUCUACUUUAAGUAGCACUUAUUUCUGCCUGCUGCUUCUGUAAAUAUAAAACCCGUGUUUCUUUAUUGAAAAUGUAUAUGUCCGUUUCAUGCAAUAUUUGUUCUAAGUCUCUGUCAUUCUGUUCUUUAUUCUUAUCACUGGAAUUUUGCAUGACACGUUUCGGGAAGAGGAAAAAAUCCGUUCCGAAUUAAAAACAGUUUCGGAGAGGGCAGGAGGGAGGGGGUGUGUGCAUUAUUAAUACAGUGAAACUGCUGUCGAGAGUGGCUGCUCAGCGGACCAUGAUAACUUUGAGAAAUUAGUCUCUCAUCAGAAAUCAAAAUUACGCGGAAAGCGUGCAGAGGUCCUUUUCGAAUCAGGUUGCAGUAGCCACCCGAAGAGGUUUCACUGUAAAUGUGUCACUUUUGUAUAUCUUAUUGGAAUGUUCUUGUGAUUACAUGUGUAUAUGUAUACCCCUCAAGUACAACUGGAGGUAAUAUAUGAGCACAUGCUUUUAAAGCAAGCAAAAAAAAAAAACCCCCCAAGCCACACAAUGCACAAACUUGCAUUGUGUGCCCAAUAUACUUAUGAACUUUAUUGUGCAUACAUUUUUUCCGUUCAAAAAAGAAAGAAAAAAACUCACAUUUUUUUCCCGUUACAGUUGAAUGCACAUUUGUCAGAAUGUAUUAAUGCCCCAAGCACCUGUAGUUUUAAGCGUUAUGGCUGCAUUUUUCAGGUCAGUAUAUAAUGAUUUAUAUACUUGAUUGAAAGUCUACAAUAAGAAAACUUAAUACUUAUUGAUAGCUCUCUCGACUGGGCUUGACAUCUCUCGUUAUCCGCUAAGAGAAAGGCACCCAGUGGCUUGAGUGAUUUUGAAGUUAUGUAUUGGGUGAUGAUCAGUUUACCUGCCAUAGAAAUUUAAAUGUGUCAACGUGUUUCUAGGAACCACAGUGUGUCAGGGUUUCAGUAUUCUGUUGCUUAACAUAAUAGAGACAUUGCAUUUGGAAUUCGAAAGGCACAAUUUGCCCCUCAAGAAAGCAGACUGCAAUUACUUAAGUUGUUUCAACAAAACUUACUACUUUUCUGCAAUGAAACUUUCUGGCCCUUAAUACUGCUUGUGCCCAAUAAAAUCCACAGAAGGCUUAACCCGCUAUAAACUGCUGUCCUGCAAUUUCUGCCUUUGUGCGUUUAAACAGGGUAUAUGUGGAGGUUUAGUGAGUGGCCAUUAAGGAGUUUAAAAUGUGUCAGCCUAGUCUGGGGGGUACCCAGUGUGGCCAGUGAUUCCCAAACACCUGCAGGAUUCUGGGCUGGGGGAAGGAUGACCCUGGUUCUUCACACCUACAACGAGUAGGUUCAUUGUCCAACCCUUGGCAUGCGCAAACGAAGCCACCAAGAAUGACUGUGCCAAGUGGAAGACGGUGAACUUUAGAAUGAGACUUUUUGCCAGGUAGAUCAAUUCUUCCUUUCCUGCCAUGCCUCUUGCCUUAGCUCUCCAGUGAAACCCGUCGACAGUUGGACACUAGUGGGAAGUGCUCAGUCUAAUAUAAAUUGCCCGUUUCGUGUUCCUUUUGAGGAAAUGUGCCGGAACAUUCUGCACACCUGCAGUUUAUUGCUUUUUUAAUUUAAAACUUUAAACCCUCUUUAGCCGAAGUGUGAGCCACCCAAACUCACAGGUAUCCCCCUCCCAAAAUUAGUGAGAUUUCCAGGUGGUUUUUGGGUGGUGAGUAGCUGUGUCCAAUUCCCAUAUAGAGCUACGGUUCUCAAUAUUCUUUCAAACUGAGUUAUAUAUCUGUAGUAGGGACGCGGGUGGCGCUGUGGGUUAAACCACAGAGCCUAGAACUUGCUGAUUAUAAGGUCGGUAGUUCGAAUCCCCGCGACGGGGUGAGUUCCCGUUGCUCGGUCCCUGCUCCUGCCAACCUAGCAAUUCGAAAGCACGUCAAAGUGCAAGUAGAUAAAUAGGUACCGCUGCGACAGGAAGGUAAACGGCGUUUCCGCGCGCUGCUCUGCUUCGCCAGAAGUGGCUUAGUCAUGCUGGCCACAUGACCUGGAAGCUGUAUGCUGGCUCCCUCAGCCAAUAAAGCAAGAUGAGCGCCGCAACCACAGAGUUGUUCACGUCUGGACCUAAUGGUCAGGGGCCCCUUUAUCUUUACCUUUAUAUAUCUGUAGCACAGACAGGCCAUAAGAGCAGUGAGGAGCAACAGGGCUGGGGCCGUAAUCUUAUCUUUACUUACCUGGGAGCAAGCUCCAUUGAAUUUAAUAUGACUUACUCCUGAGUAGGCUUGAUUAGGAUUACACUGUGAAGAAACCUCCAAGGGGUUCUUAACACCUGGGAAACGAAGCAUUCAACAGUUUGCACACAAACACAAUUGCUCUCAGUGGUAGAAAUAGUUUGUCUUGUUGGCACUGCUUUCUGUUCCCUUAUCACCAAUCACUAUUUUUAUGUUCCGUGUUUCUGUGUGUAUGUAGAUAUAUAUUUUACUGGAAUACCUGUUAUACAGAACAUGUACAUUAGAAAUCACAGAAAUAUUAAACUUGCAUCUUAAUUUACGCACCUUUAAAAGUUUAAUUUACACAAACCUUUUUUGCAUGGUGUCUCAUCCCCUAAAGGGACUGAAACAAACAGAUGUACAUACUCCGCAUUUUACUUGUUUUCUGUGCAAUUGUAUGUAGUAGUUAUUCAUACUGAUGUGUGUGUUUGUAAGGAUCACAUAUUUUCUGAUUACCUAAAAGCAUUAAGCAGAGCAUUUUGGAAACUGUCUAAAAUGGAAAAUUUCACUCUGUUGAAGCAGUACUGCCAUUUCUAGGGUUGAUGAAUUAAAUUUUAAUCUUUCAAUCUGCUCCCCACCCCCACCCCACAAACAACUUGUUCUAUUUUCACUCAGUGGACUGGCUUGGGCUUCAUGCUAAAUCAUAGCUUAGCAUUAUGAGAACAAGCCUCAGUGAACCCAGAGCUUCUGUGUCUGUUUUCUAUUUUACUAUAGUUUAGUGUGUCAUCUGAACCUUGACAACCUGCAGUUAAUCUUAACUGUGGUUAGUGGAAACAAACCGACUUCAAACCAUAGUUUAUGGUUUUAACUAUGGUUUAAUCAUAGUUAAAAUUAACCAAAGUUUAGAGUUGAAAAAACACUAAACUACAGCACACAUUUUUCUUUUUCUUUUUUAAAAAAAGUGGUCUAGAUAAGUUUUUCUUUUUAAAGCUGCUGUUAAUAUAGAACAGAAGGGCAGGAAUCACUGAAGCUUGUCCUUGUAACACUAAACCAUGGUUUAGCGUUAUAUCCAAACGCAGCCAAUGAGCAUUUCCAUAUAUAAAAGCAUGGUGUUUCCUGCUUGUCAGGGGGUUGGACUCGAUGGCCCUUGUGGUCUCUUCCAACUCUAUGAUUCUAUGAAAUCCUGUUGGUUUACUUUCUCUAGUUUCCUGGGUAGACAGUCCACCAAGUUCUGCUCCUGUGGAAUUAACCCUUUAGGCCAAUGAGUGAAGACGUUCAGGGGCUUCAGAACAGGUUGCGAGCAAUGGUUUGCAGCAGCAGAACUAGACCUGUGUCCCGUUGGCCACAGGAGAGAGCAGUAGGCAUAUUGCUUUUCACAGUUUUUCCACCAUUCUCUCUAUCUCUGCCUCACACUUCCUUCCUUUUCCUGGGAACGUGAUAACCAUAGAGUAGAAAAGGCAAGUAAAAUAAAAUAGAGCACGUAGAUUCAAAAGGUAUUUGUUGGCUAAUUCGUUGCUUAAAUUUGGCAUUGUGCUAAACUGCUGCUUGGGAAGACAGGUUGCAAAUAGCUACUUGCUGGGGAGCAAGUAAAAAUUGCCCCCUGGCAAGCUGUUCUUAUGUCGUCGUGCCCCCCAGACACAGUGAAGCCAGACUGUGUGGACAUCUGUGAUUCGCUUCCAACCUUAAAGGUUUGAAGAGAGAGCAGGCCAAAGGCCUGUCAGUUCAGCAUCCUGUUUUUCAUGGUGGCUAGCUAGACACAUCUGGGAAGUAGGACAUGAAGGGAGCAGCCUUUUCCCUAGGGCUGCCAUACAGAAACAUGCUGUUUCUGAUCCAGGAUGUAUCACACAGCCUUUGACAGCCUCAUCUUCUGUGUACUUGACUAAUCCCCCUUGUAAAAGCAGCAUCAUAAGCAUCUCGCAGCAGCAAAUCCCAAGGAUGCUAUGCGAGAAGAAACUGCUUUGACCUGGAUCUCCUGCCAGUCACCCGCACUGGAUGACCUUGGGUUGUUCCAGUGUUAGAAGCACUCUCUCCAGACCACACCAUGCUGAACGGUGGAAGAGAGAACCCAGCAACCCGGGGUCUGUGCCCCUUAGAGAAUGGCCCCCACAGCUCUACGGUUCUGAGUCUUCAGGGAAGAUUUAGGUUUUACAAGUGCUUCUUUAGCCUUGGGUCCUCAGAUGUCACUGUACCACAUUUCCCAUUAUCUCCAGUCAACUUAGCCCAACGUUCAAGGAUGGUGUGAAUUGUAGGUCCCUUCCAGGCUCGCCGUUUUGCAGGUGGGGUUCAGUUGAAUUUGCAUGCUGCCAAAUUUUGGUGUGCAUUGUUAAAUGGGUUAAAGCAGCCGUGCACAGUAAAAUAAAUAAAUAAAUAAAUAAAUAAAUAAAUAAAUAAAUUUUGUGAUAAGUGGGUGGGAAAACAUGCUAUGGGUCAGGGAUGUCCAACCAGUAGAUACCUGGCUGAUCCUGGCUGAUCGUGUACAAGUUUCAUGGAAAAAGCUAAAAAAAACUGUGUAAUCCUCCCCAAGAAAAGCUCAACAAUUCUGGGCAAUCCACCCACCUCACGCAUGCUCCUCCUCCUUACAAUAACAAUGGGUAGAUCACUGCCAGUUUUUUUAUACUGGGAGUAGAUCACAGUCUCUUGGGAGCUGGACAUGCUUGCUUUAGCUAUUGUGGGACGAGUGUUUUCUCCUGCUCUGCAGGGUAGGACUCCAACCAACGGCUUCAAGUUACAAGAAAUGGGAUUCUAACCAAACACCAGGAAAAACUUUCUGACAGUAAGAGCUGUUCCGCAGUGGAACGGUCUCUCUCUGGAGGUUGUGGACUCUCCUUCCUUGUAGGCUUUUAAGCAGAGGUUGGAUGGCCGUCUGUCAGGGAUGCUUUAGUUGAGCCCCAGGGGCUGGACUAGGUGACUCUUGGGGUCCCUUCCAACUCUUCGAUUCUAUGAGAAAAAUCAAUUGAUGGGUAGUUGUACAACCGUGCAAAUCUAAUUGGGCUGGAGGCUUCCUAAUUGGCAGAUGCCGUAACAGCCACUGGGCAAGCUGGUUGAAUGCUUAAUUAGCAGAUUGUGUGGAGGCACCUCUACCUCUGGGGACCUAUGGUGGAAGAACUCUUGCUUAUAUGGCCAGCAAUUGAAGGACAGGUUAGUAGAGGAAGCAGCUGAGCGAUUCAGGACUCACCUUAACAAACACUGUAGAAAAAUAGGGUUCCUGCCCCUUUGUUCGUCCCCUCAAUGUACUGUUUAAAUGAAAUAAAUAGGGAUAUUUUUUCCCACUGGCAAGGUUUGGUGGAUUGAGCCUUUACCUUUUGAAGGCUGUUGUGUUUGUGUGUGUGUUUUGGUGCUUACACAAAUGUUUUGAAAUGCAUUUUAAAACAAAAAACUAUUUUUGCAUGGUAGUUUUAAAGCCACGCAGGAGGGGUUUUGGGUGGGGCUCCAGCACCCCUGAAUGGAAGGUGAAUUCAGGCUGUGUUUGCACAUCAUGCUAAGCCACAGAUUACAGUGAAGCGCAUGAGCAAGAAUGAGCUGCAGUAAGGCUUGGGCUCAUGCGCUCCCCAUGCCAGGAGGAGUUCAGAAGCUUUUGCUUCUGCAGUUACUUAACCACAGUUGGCCAUGGCAGGCAAACUGCAGAUACUAUUAACCAUGGCCAAGAGACUGAUACUGAUGAAUUGGAAGAAUGGAGAUACAAUUCCCCUUAAUCAAUGAUUGACAACGUGAGAUUGGCAACAUAUGGACAAGCAGCUUAUAGACGCAGACUUUCUUUGGAUAGAUACAGUGACAUUUGGAAUGCGUUUACACAGAAUAUAUUAGGUUAUUGACAGUUAUAUGUGUAUUAGGAUAACAAGGAUAUACUCAUCUGUAUAUUAAUGUGUGGUAAUGUAACAGUAUUUUUCUUUAUUUUUUCAUUCUCACUUCUUUUCUUACCCUGUUUUUUUAUAAAAGAAAUUCUCGUCAUAAAAUAUUAAUUUAAAAAAACACACCCUUUGGUUAGGUUAAAGUAGCUGCCCCUCAUGGCCGUGGUACUCUCCAGACGUUGAUGGACUACAAAGCCCAUCAGCCCUGGCAGUAUGACCAGUGGGCAAGGAUGAUGGGAGUUGUAGUCCAGGAGCAUCCAGAGGGCAUCAGGUUGGGGGAGGCUGCCUUACAACAAUCUAGCUUCAACACCUAGGCCAUGAAAAGGAGGAGCCCACAAGCUCAAGGCUCCCUGUGGUGGCGCAUUGUUUGCUUGUGCACCUUGCACCAACCUAUGGUUUAGCAGGAUGUGCAAAUGCAGUCUCUGUGUUGUGUGUCUUUAUUAUUAUUAUUAUUAUUAAAGCAGGUUUGUUGCAAUAAUAUGCCUGAGAAAUGCAUCAUGGGUCAAACCUAUGGUGGGUGGGUUGGUGCUACAUUGAAUGCAGGGUUGGCUAAGAAAUGAAGUUGGCUAAAUCAUGUUCUUUGUCACAGGGAACAAACCAGCAAGUUAAAGCACAUGAAGCCACCUCAGCAGUGCAGCAUGUAGACUUAUUGAAAGAAUGGAGUAAUUGUCUAGAAAAUAAGGUACAUCUCCUCCUCACCUUAUCUGCAUUACUCUUAUGUUUUAUGCGUCUAGCAGGGAUACCAUUGUGGGAGUUUGGAACGGCCGCUGAAAUACUUCUCUGUUUCCAAAAGCAAUGAAUUGUGUAGCUGCAGGAUUUUUGUUCUUAAGGUUUGAAAAACAAGAAGUCUUCUAAAGAGGUUUUCAUUAACUGGUAGAAUGUGCAUAAUAUAGAUAGGUAAACUUGUCUUUCACUCCCAACUGGUUAAUUAUUAUUCCCCCCCCCCCAAUUGGGCUGCCUUACAAAGACAGGCAAGUAAGAAAAACCUACGCUAUUAAAACCUGCAUCGCUGCUUGAUUUUAAGGAUGUUUUUAAUGUGGGCAUUUCCAGCAGCUCAGCGUAGAGCGAGAGGCCAUGACUCAGUAUUAGACCCCUCAUACUUUACAGGCACAAAGUGUCAACUUCCAUUCUGUGGCAUCUCAGAUUUAAAGGGUCUUGCUUGGGUAGACUUGGCAGGCGUAGCCAAUGUGGUGCCUUCGAGAUGUUGUUGAACUACGAUUCCUAUCAUCCCUAGCCAGCAUGCUCAAUCUUCAAGGAUGAUGGGAGUUGUAGUCUCACAACAUCUGGAAAGUACUACGAAGGGUUACACUUGAAUCAGUGCACCCGUGUCUCUCUUUCGUUGCAGAAAAUGUUUUCCCCCCCUUCUUGGCAUAAGAACCGCUGCUGCUGGUGCUGCUGCUGCUGCUGCUGCUGCUUCUUCUUCUUCUUCUUCUUCUUCUUCUUCUACUAUACCACCCUUCAUCUGUAGAUCUCUGGGCGAUUCACAGCAUAAAAAGACAAGAUAAAAACACAAAAUGCAUAAUAAGAACAAGAAUAAGAACAAAACAGGGGAUGCGGGUGGCGCUGUGGGUUAAAUCACAGAGCCUAGGACUUGCCUAUCAGAAGGUCGGCGGUUUGAAUCCCCGUGACGGGGUGAGCUCCCGUUGCUUGGUCCCUGCUCCUGCCAACCUAGCAGUUCGGAAGCACAUUAAAGUGCAAGUAGAUAAAUAGGUACCGCUCUGGCGGGAAGGUAAACGGCGUUUCCAUGAACUGCGCUGCUUCGCCAGAAGUGGCUUAGUCAUGCUGGCCAUAUGACCCGGAAGCUGUAUGCCGGCUCCCCCAGCCAAUAAAGCGAGAUGAGCACCGCAACCCCAGAGUCGGCCACGAUUGGACCUAAUGGUCAGGGGUCCCUUUACCUUUAUAAGAACAAAACAAACUAAUAACCCCCUCCCCCACUAGAUAGUUUAAUAUACAUGUCUCUGUGUGUGUUGGUUUUUCUUAAUUUGGUUAAAUAAUAAAAUGGAGAAUUCCCUGGAUGCCCAGAUCUAGGUUUGAAAUAGCCAUGGGUGUUGCUCUAAGUUGAUUCAUUUUUCUACUUGGGGACUAAUAUGUAGUUAUAGUUCACAUUUAUUGCUGCCAUCUCCAAAGCCCCCAAGAGCAAAAGGAAAAAAACAACAACCCCUGAUUGGCCUGCUCCCUUUUCGCAUGUCACUGUGUUCAUGGUGCAAACAAAGCUCUGGAGUGGAGUUUGGUGGGGAAAUGGACUCCUGACUUAAUUCAAUGCAAACUGAUCAGGUAUUCAGAACACGGAAGUCCCAUAUCUGGUUUAAGAUGUGAGAGGUUUGGUUGGCGGGACUAGUAAGUUAAAAUUUAAAACUUCCAAAUCAGCAUAAGUAAGUUGAACAAUUAUAAAUCGUUAGCAAUCAAAGGAGAAAACACACACACACUGGAAUAAAAUUACGUACGAUUGUUCUGUAGGGUUGUUUCAUGUCUUGUUUGUUUAUUUGUGAGAUUUCUAUCCUGCCUACAUAAAAGGCAGGUUUGACAGAUUAAAAGAAAACAGCCAUCCUCAGCAGUCCCCUUAUCAAAGAAUCUUUUCUUUUUGCUCUUAUUUUUGCUUUACUGAGCUGUAAUCUGUGCAGCAGACUUCAAAAGCCAUUUCCUUUCCCUGGGGAACCAUGGGAACUGUAGUUCUGUGAGCAUGGCUAAAGAUCUUUUAAAAAGGUCUCAAUGUCCUUGUUUAGUCGUUCAGUUGUGUCCGACUCUUUGUGACCCCAUGGACCAGAGCACGCCAGGCACUCCUGUCUUCCACUGCCUCCCGCAGUUUGGUCAAACGCAUGUUACUAGCUUCGAGAACACUGUCCAACCAUCCCAUCCUCUGUCGUCCCCUUCUCCUUGUGCCCUCCAUCUUUCCCAACAUCAGGGUCGUUUCCAGGGAGUCUUCUCUUCUCAUGAGGUGGCCAAAGUAUUGGAGCCUCAGCUUCACGAUCUGUCCUUCCAGUGAGCACUCAGGGCUGAUUUCCUUAAGAAUGGAGAGGUUUGAUCUUCUUGAAGACCAUGGGACUCUCAAGAGUCUCCUCCAGCACCAUAAUUCAAAAGCAUCAAUUCUUCAGUGAUCAGCCUACUUUAUGGUCCAGCUCUCCUUACUAAACUACAAUUCCCAUGAUUUUUCCGAGGAAGCCACAACUGUUAAACUGAUACCAAACUGCCAUCUUACAUAGCUAUACCCUGAGUAGCAUAGUAGAAAAGAUUGGGGGGGGGGCAACCAUUUUCACUCAAAAAGGCUCUCUCAAAAGACCCAGCAGUACCUCUGAGUAGUAUCUAUAAUCCUCAGAUGCAGUUACACAGUUGGUACUUCAGAUUGGCACUGAUUUUUACCAUUUUGUUUUGUUGAAGUUGUCUUCGCACAGCUGGAGAAGAGUUGCCAGAUUAAUCCUCACUUAGAAAAUUUUCCAAAGUAGGAUGGCAACCCCUCCCCUGUUUUACAAGAUGGAAACUUCUUUCAAAAAGGAUCUCGCAACUAGCGAUCCAAAUUCAAAUUUUGAACCCAUCGCCCCCUCUCUAAUAAAACCUAUUAGCUGAUGAAAGAGAUUUUAUUCUUUUAGCCCAAGGCAAUAGUGAUAAGCAUUUUAUCAAAUCUGGUACAAGCUGAGAAGUUUGCUCAUUUGUGGUUGGGUUUCUAAAAAUAGCCUUCUGAAAUAAUCAGGGAAUUUAGUGCGCUAAUGUAUUAGACAGCUUGUCCAGUGCGAAAUAGCUGGAAUAUAACUGGCAAAUGCCACAAGAUUUUUGGGUUUGGGGGGAGUUGUUUUGGUGCGGAAGAGGAACCUGAAAAAUGAUGUUUUUCUUCAGAUGUUUACCAAGAAAACCCCCUUUGAGCAGGGGUCAGCAAACCUUUUCAGCAGGGGGCCGGUCCAUUGUCCCUCAGACCUUUUUUUGGGGGGCAGACUAUUUUUGGAGGGGGAAUGAACGAAUUCCUAUGCCCCACAAAUAACCCAGAGGUGCAUUUAAAUAAAAGGACACAUUCUACUCAUGUAAAAACACGCUGAUUUCUGGACUGUCCGUGGGCCGGAUUUAGAAGGCGAUUGGGCCGGAUCCGGCCCCUGGGCCUUAGUUUGCCUACCCAUGCCUUUGAGGAUGGCAAAGGUCUGUUCCCUUCUCAGAUGUCAAAAGAAAACCAGCAUGUAUUAUGCCCUCAUCUCUCCUACUACUCUUAACAAAUCUGGCUCUAGUUUUUGUUUUUUAACCCCUAGGCUUGGGUAUGUGUGUUGGCAUGGUGAGUGCGCUUAACUGCGAUGUCUCAGAGGAAUCUGGGCUGAAUGCUCAAAUCACUCAUAGAUCCAGGAACCAACAGGAAAGCCAAGAGCAGAUUGAGGACUGAAAUCCUAGGGGGACAAACUAUCCUUGAGUUAUGCCAUCUCAGUGGGCCGACUAAUCUGCCUGUCAAAUCCCCCACCUCCUUAGUAUUUCUGCAUCUUAAAAGCACCUGCUUCCUGCUCAUACACAAUUUCAUUUUGGUGGCAGGGAGAAAGAAGCAAUUUUUUUUUGUCUUGGCAAGGAAGUGUGGCUUUAUUGCAAAAUGAAGGACAACCAGUUUUAUAAAGAGUUUGACCCCUCUUGUGUUAGAAAACCCGGAUGCUUUCAUCCUUAUCAAUACUGGCACAGGUGUGCUUUUACUGUAACUGAUAGGCAGCAUUGUGUCAGAAACAUUUGAGAAACCUUCCCUACUUUUUUAAGAUGGAUCACAAGUGGUGGUCCUAGGCAGUCUGUGGUGGAAUUUCAGGUACAUAAAUACCCUCUCUAGCUGUUUCUUUUUUGGCCGAUUUGCUGAUGAAUGCUAAAUGCAAUCUUCACAUUUUGCCAGCACGAGAGGGCAGGGUUCCAGGUGCGAGAUGGUUGAAGGGAAGAAAAGCACUGAUGAAUAGAGCAAAGAUCCUCACAGUGACUGAAAAAUGAUAGUCAGCUGUUCUUUGUGGUUCCAGCACAGUCCAGUAGGUGCGCUAACUAUUUUCCGACAACAAAGCACAAGCUGAUUUCUUUUAGAUUAUAUCAUCAGUGCACACCCCUGUUCUUUCAUAUUACUCCCUAAGUAUGUAUCUUUCAUUCAUGGAAAUCAUUACAGGCUGGUUUUGACUUGUGUCGUUUACUGAAGAACCAUUCAAAUAUGAUUCUUAAAGCAGCCACCGCCUAUUUCUUUUUAGACACCGAGUGGGGUGAAGCAGUUUUAAUCAUCCUAUUUUCUAUUUUCCUUUUCGGUCACCAUUUUCUUCUGUAAGUCUUUCUACUGGCCUGUCUAUUGUAAAGGACUUAGAUGCCCAGUAUGGAUUGCCCUCAAAUAAUGCAGUUUCCUUAUCUCCAGAAAUCAAAGCCUUGGGAACGACCAACUAAAUAAGUGAAACUUGCUUAGAAGUUAAGAGUUAUGACCAGUGUUGUACUCCUCCUUUUAAUCCAGGAGGGAGAAGAAGAAAUCUGCUUUCAGCAAGGGCUAGAAAAUACAGUGGUGCCCCGCAAGACGAAUGCCUCGCAAGACGGAAAACCCGCUAGACGAAAGGGUUUUCCGUUUUGGAGGUGCUUUGCAAAACGAAUUUCCUAUGGGCUUGCUUCGCAAGACGAAAAUGUCUUGCGAGUUCCUGCGGGGGUUUUUUCCUCCCCCCCUCUUUCCCCAAGCCGCUAAGCCGCUUAUCAGCUGAUCCGCUAAGCCGCUUAACAGCUGAUCGCUAAGCCGCUUAUCAGCUGAUCAGCUAAGCCGCUUAACAGCUGAUCCGUUAAGCCACUAAGCCGCUUAUCAGCUGAUCCGCUAAGCCGCUUAACAGCUGAUCCGCUAAGCCGCUUAACAGCUGAUCCGUUAAGACACUAAGCCGCUUAUCAGCUGAUCCGCUAAGCCCGCUAAGCCACUAAUAGCGCUAAUCCGCUAAACCGCUAAUGGGCUUGCUUCGCAAGACGAAAAAACCGCAAGACGAAGAGACUCGCGGAACGGAUUCUUUUCGUCUUGUGAGGCACCACUGUACACGAAACACAGUGAAGAUAUAUUUUAUUUGGAAUGCUCCUCCUUGUUUGUGAGAGAUGGCUGGUUCUUUUUGUGUACGUCUGGUGGGAGUAAUUGUAGAUUAUUCUCCGCCCCCCCCCUCCAGGUGGCCAUGCUCCAGAAUGAAAGUUUGGAAAAGAACAAGAGUAUACAAACUUUACAUAAUCAGAUUUGUAGCUUUGAAAUAGAAAUUGAGAGACAGAAGGAAAUGCUGCGGAGUAAUGAGUCCAAAAUACAUCACUUACAGGUAAGUUAUUGAUUUCUUCCCGUGCUUGAGCAGAGCAUGGUGAGCAUUUUUCUGCUCUUUGCCUUCCUGUUUGCAGAGCCAAAUAUGACCAUUCGGGCCGUAGUCCUAUAUACACUUUCCUAGGAAUAAAGUCCAGUCGAACACGUCUGUUGCCAUUUACUUUGCUGCCGCGAAGGCUUAUUGGGGUGGGUUGUACUAGCGUUCACGGCAAUCCAUGCACGUUUAUUUACUUUAAAUGCUUGCAUCAUAGCAGUUCCCGCAUCCUCCUUCAGGAAUAGCGAGUCUUCCUGUAUUCCCUCGUCUGUUGUUUCCUUUGGAGGUUUCCUUUUAAAUAUUAAUUUUUUUUAAAAAAACGAUUUAUUCUUUUCAUUCAAAGCGAGUGAUAGACAGCCAAGCUGAGAAGCUGAAAGAACUGGACAAAGAAAUCCGUCCCUUCCGACAGAACUGGGAGGAGGCAGACAGCAUGAAGAGCAGCGUCGAGUCUCUCCAGAACAGAGUGACUGAGCUGGAAAGCGUCGAUAAGAAUGCAGGGCAAGGAAGUAGGAAUGCAGGUAAAAAAUAUUUUUUUUAAAAAAAAAUCUGAGCGCAAAGCCAGCAAGGAACUUGUCUGGCAGAUCCUGUCAAAAUAACUAAUAAGGUGCAUUCUGAAAUGGAACUCCUGCUGGGGAUGUUUCCCUCUGAAGACAAGCAGUAACUGCAAACCUUGUAGUUUCUUGAGAGCUGUCUGCUUAACAGCCAUCUCAGAAGUUCAUCCCCAUUGUGUCUGUGCUACAGCACCAAUUGAGGGCCUUAGCCUAUGCGAUUCCCUUGCCAAACCAUGUGGCUGUCAGAGAAAACCAGGCUAUGCAGUUUUGUUGUGUGGCCCAACCCCUUAAUAACGAACAUUAUGAGUCCUCUUUAUAUCUUGCCUUUGACACCUGAAAUUUUGUGUUUCCAGGGCCCACCUUAUUCCUUUGGUUGUAACCCACUUUAACUCUCUUUAAUCUUGAAUUUUAAGUUGUUGCGACCUGCCAGUGAAGGGUGGGUGAUAAAUUUGAUGGUAAUAACAACUUUUAGAUGCUCCUCAUACAGACAUUAGUACCUCUCAAACAAGUUGCUGGUAUGCUUUUUCAGCCACUGUGAUGGAAAAAGCAUAAUCAGUAUUCAAAAGCAUAAUCGGUUUUCAAAAAUGUCAUCGUUCCUCCCCCAAUCCUUAAUAGUCUCCCCAUUUAUAAUCUGUGGCUGCUUUUACUGUAGGGCUUACAGUCUUUUAUGUGUAGUUCAGAGGGAUGUUUCAUCUGAGCAUCACCGUGAUAAAACAAAGGAGGCCGUUGCCUUAUUCUGUGAACAAAGUAAUAAAAACCACAAAUUAGCAAUAUGACGCAGGCCUUUCUUAGCGGCUUACCCGAUACGGUUUGGUUCAAACGCGAAUCAGCAAGAAAAAAAAUAACUUUUAUGAAGAAUAAGCCAUCUGUUAAUGCACCUUGCUUGGACUGUUGUGUAAAUAUGAGUCCAUUCAUUGCUGAACAGUAGUAUACCGAUCUGUAACUCAGUGCUCAGGUUGGGGUGUUGUGCCUGAUGGCGACAGGUGGAAUUUCACCAGCGCACAGGGCGCUUUCCCCCUUGCUACCUGAAGGGGGGGCACAAUGGGGCACAGCCAUUUAGACUUAUGUUGCUGGAGACCAUGAAUUUUGAAAAUUGAUUCUGGAGUCCCAUAGAGCAGGUUUCUUAUUCAGUUGAGAUCACAGAGAAUAUAUACAGGCAUUAAGCAUAUAACUUCUCCUUCUCUGAGUUGAUUGCUAUAGUACCUCUGGUAUGCCUUUGAAUCACAGUUGGCUGUAUGUUGCGAGCAAGGAAGUGCUUUUGUGCUCCUAUUUUGCUUGUGGGCUUCCCAUAGGCAUCUGGUUGGCCGCUGUUGGAGCAGGAUGCUAUGUAAGCCUUCGGUCUGAACCAGCAAUUCCCUUUUUAUGUUCUUACGUUGUUAAAAUACCAACAAUUCUACUAGCUAUCUACCAGUUCCACCUGGUACGCAGUCUAAGACCCUAUCUGCACACAGACUGUCUUGCCAGAGUGGUGCAUGCUCUAGUUAUCUCCUGCUUGGACUACUGCAAUGCGCUCUAUGUGGGGCUACCUUUGAAGGUGACCCGGAAACUGCAAUUAAUCCAGAAUGCGGCAGCUAGACUGGGAGUGGCCGCUGGGACCACAUAACACCGGUCCUGAGAGAUCUGCAUUGGCUCCCAGUACGUUUCUGAGCACAAUUCAAAGUGUUGGUGCUGACCUUUAAAGCCCUAAACGGCCUCGGUCCCGUAUACCUGAAGGAGCAUCUCCACCCCCAUUGUUUAGCCCAGACACUGAGAUCCAGCGCCGAGGGCCUUCUGGCAGUUCCUUCGUUGCGAGAAGUGAGGUUACAGGGAACCAGACAGAGGGCCUUCUCAGUAGUGGCGCCCGCCCUGUGGAACGCCCUCCCUUCAGAUGUGAAGGAAAUAAGCAGCUAUCCUAUCUUUAAGAGACAUCUGAAGGCAGCCCUGUUUAGGGAAGUUUUUAAUAUUUAAUGCUGUAUUGUUUUUAACACUCGACUGGGAGCCGCCCAGAGUGGCUGGGGAAACUCAGCCAGAUGGGCGGGGUAUAAAUAAUAAAUUAUUAUAUUAUUACUAACAAGUACUAGUAGUGGCAAGUGGGGUAGGAUGUUGCCUACCUGGCUUCCUAAUGCCCAGGUCGCUGCUAGUAACCAAGACGGGCAAGGCAGUGGAGAGGUUGGGGCAGGUGCCGCAGGGAAGGGGAUGAGCCGUUCCUGCUGCUGUGUCCACACUUUGCUGACCUCUCCACUGCCUCGCCCCUCUUUCCUUGGUUCCCAGCAGCCACCACUGGGUUGGGAAGCCAGGUAAGACAUCCCACCACACCCAGUUCUGCCUGCUGUGGAUGCUACUGUGCACCUUUCUUUAACACUUAGUCAAAAUUGCAAGGUUUUUCUUCUUUUUUUGCAACUUUCACAGAGCAAAAUGUCACAGUGAAAGCGCUGUGGACUAAGCAUUAAUUAGAAACUGGCAGUGAGGUGUGCCUUGUCUUAAGGCUGUGUUUUGGGUCAUGUUGUCAAAGUAUUGCUUUCUUUCCUUGCAUUUUUGUUGCUGAUAACAUUUCAUAUUGAGCUUUUUACAUCUUUUUUGCACUUGGAAUACAUCUGUCUGCACGAGCAGUAAUGUAAUGUAGUGUGUGUGUGUGUGUGUGUAGGCUAACUGCUGAGAUCCAUCUGCACGAGCAGUAAUGUAAUGUAGUGUGUGUGUGUGUGUGUGUGUGUGUGUGUGUGUGUGUAGGCUAACUGCUGAGAUCCAUCACAUUACAUUGUUCACAUUGUGUUUUCAGGUCCCAAGGAAAAAGAAGCCCAAUAUCGUUUUUAAAAACUGACCUGAAAACCCACCUGAAUAAAUGUUUUUCCUUGACAAUGUUUGGGUUUUCUCUCUUUUCCUUCCAGGUCUGCUAGAAUCCCAGUUAUCUAGGCAUGAUCAGAUGCUGAGCGUCCACGACAUCCGAUUGGCUGAUAUGGAUCUCCGCUUUCAAGUUUUGGAAACGGCCAGCUACAAUGGAAUAUUGAUCUGGAAAAUCCGAGAUUAUAAACGUCGGAAGCAAGAGGCGGUGAUGGGGAAGACGUUGUCCUUAUACAGUCAACCUUUUUAUACGGGGUACUUCGGCUAUAAGAUGUGUGCCAGAGUUUAUCUCAACGGAGACGGCAUGGGGAAAGGGACGCACUUGUCCUUGUUCUUUGUCAUCAUGCGGGGAGAAUACGACGCGUUGCUUCCGUGGCCCUUCAAGCAAAAAGUCACCCUUAUGUUGAUGGAUCAAGGACCUUCCAGGCGCCAUUUAGGGGAUGCUUUCAAACCAGACCCCAACAGCAGUAGUUUCAAGAAGCCCACCGGAGAAAUGAAUAUUGCCUCUGGCUGCCCAGUCUUCGUUGCACAGACUGUUCUAGAAAACGGAACAUAUAUUAAAGAUGAUACUAUUUUUAUUAAAGUCAUAGUGGAUACAUCAGACCUACCAGACCCCUGACGUAUAGCAGAGAGGCAGAUUCAACAGAAGACAACUCCAUUUGGGGCUCUUUUUUAUAUCUACCUGUCUUCAAUAAGAGGUCCCUAAAGCUCAGAGGGGACCACCUUGUGUUAUCAGAAGGAAGCGUUUGGAGGCAUAAAUUUGCAUAGGGGUCCAAUGGCAAACGUAGCAACCCAUUAAGAAGUCAUACCAUGGUAUAUUUUCUAAUUAAAACUAAUAGGAACACUUCGAGUUCUGACAAGUCACUUAAUCCUCACGAGGACAAACGAUUACAGUCAGAAAACCUUUUCGUAAUUUAUUGGUAAUCUCUAAUCGGUUGGAGGGGGGGGGGAGAGAAAAUAUCCUGUGCUGGAAAAGACAUGAAACUUUUAUUCCUUUUUAACUAGAAAACAAAAGUAAAAGUUCACAUGUGGGUUAGCUAGAAACUGUCAGCAUGUUAAGUUAAAAAAGAAGAAGAAGAAAUUAUGAAGUAACAUUGCAGUUAAAAGAUAUUAUUACUUUGAAAAUCGAUAAGUGCAAUCCUGUCUGAAAUACAGUAUAUUGUUUAUUUUUAAGGCCUCUCCUGGUCUCUGUUUUAAAAUAAUUACUUUGCCAGAAGACCUCGACAGAAUGUCCAGAUCUUCUUGAAAGUGUCUAAAUCAGAGUCAUAUUUUUGUUUAGAGUUCUAUUAAUUGCUACAGAAAAAAAGCAUUUUAUUUUAAAACUGUUGAUAGACUGAUAUUUCUUGGAAGAAAAAAAAAAGAUCAAAUGCAGGUUAUCACUUGUGAUAUGAAAAGAAACUAUUCAACUACAGCUGUUAUUUCUCUUUAGAAAUGUAAACCUAACAAUAUAUGUCGUAGUUAAUGACACUAUUUCAAAAUUAAGAAAAAAUAAUCACUCAUGGAUGCUGUGCAUCAUUAUCAGAUUUAUAAUUUUCACCCUAAAAUAGGGCAUUUGUUGAACUUUGGAGUUCUAAACGGAAUCCUGUAUGUUUUUAAAGUUCUGCCUCAUGCGCUCAGACCAAGCUCUAUAAAAAUAUAUAUCUAUAUAUAAUCUAUUUUUUUGCUAAAGCAUAAAUGUGCAACAUAUUUUUGGUGUUUGAGAAGGGGGCAUAGUGCUGAGUAAUACCUAUAUAGGAAACCUGCUAAUUGAUCCUCUGCUUGGGAAUUAACCACAUCUUGCAGAGGACAAUCCGUUAGGAGAAAGCAGUGUCUUAAAUGGAGAAACGGUGGCUUGCAUGCAAUUCAUGUGCCUUAGCUGUAACGUGCUGCUUUAUAGCUCAUAGCUUUGUAUUCAGAUUUUAAGUUCAGAUUCCUGAAAUGGUCAUUUUUUUUAACUGGACUUUAGGCAUAAUGUGCUGACUGGUCUGUAAAAACCCACGCCAAUAUUUUUCGCAAGAUACGGAAACAGAAGCCAAACAGCUGCGCUUCUGACGUAACCAGAUAUUCCAUCCGUUCAGUGUUGUGGAAUACUACUUCUUCAGGUGCUAUAUAUAUAUAUUUGGUGCACGGUGCUCCUAUGGAGCCAGGACUUCUGACAGCGCCCCUGUUUCCAAGGAGAGCGGCUGUUCAAUGAUGCCAUGCUCCUAGGUAGCAGAGCUAACAUCAUUUCAAACUGGCUCGGUUUCAGAAUUUGCAAGGGGAUGUAUUCAGGGGGGGUUGGUUUUCUGGCGGGUGCGACAUGCAUCCCUGCAGGGAAAACCCACAGGACCCUGCUAUUAUAAACUACUACCUGAGCCUUUACUAGGAAGCAUCUUUCCCAGCCUUCGAAUCGUGCUGAUUGCAACCCACAGAACUUACCGACUUUUGUUUUUAAUAGUCCCUUGUGCGACUAGUAAGUCUAAUGGCAUCGCUUGACCUGUACUACACCAACCAUGUGGGUGCUGCUUUUUAAUUGCAUGGGUGGCUGUGUAACACUUAAGAGUGCUCCCCCUGGACAGAGCUGACGUGCACGUGGGCAGAGGGAUCGUGGCCCCCGUUUUCCUAACCAGUCAAUUGUUGUACCCACUCAACCUUUCCGCUUCGGUCGGGUGUUAUAGCCAGAGUUCCAUGUCUAGGGCUCAGUUGAAACCUCACGUCAUUGUAGUUAAGUUCCUUGCUCUUGCCAUUGUCUUUUAUGGCUGUGCCUUUUCACUCAGUGCCUGCCAAAGGCUCCCACCCCCUUUCGUUCUGUUAACAAAUAUAUACGUACCGUGCAUGCCGAGUGAUCCUCGUGGGGCUAUUUUAUUUUUAUUUUUAUUUUUUCCCAGGCACCUGCUUAAGUACUGCCUGCUGCCUGGCAGCCAAAGCAUUCAGUAGCAACCUGUCUUCCUCUUCUUGCCUUCCAUGGUUCAAAGUACUGUAUUUUUCUCUUAUGGUACUAACUUAGCUGUGUCCGCUGGUGCAAACUGACGUGAGAAAGGCAAGCGUUAAAAUCCUAGCUCUGACACGAAAGGAAGACUUCUCCUGCCGAAGAGACAACCUGGCGCAGUUUUACGCAGGCCGGUGUAAACCCAUAACCUUCUGCUUUAGAGGAAAGUGUUAAGUUGGCUUGUGGUACUCUUUUAAUAGUCAUGAAUGUAGGCAGCUGAGCUUUUGUAUAUGCAUUACAGAAUUUUACUGAAAACAGGAUUCCCUAGUGGAAAUGUCCAAAGGGCUCACCCUCCUCAUUGCUAUUACGUCAUGGGCAUUUUACGAGCGCGGUCUUCUACGAACAGUUUAUGUCCUGUUUGAAUAUGAUACUGCUAGAGGAUCAUAUUCCUGCCAGACCCCAUGCAGUGCAGAAUUCCUUUCAAAACAUCUCUUUCUUUUUGAAACCCUAGAAAAUGUGAACAGAGUAGUAGUCAGUGCAGUCUCUCUUUUUCCCGAGUCCACAGAAGUCUAAUUUUCAGCUUGUAAACUCUCUGACGUGCUUACAGUUCUAUGUUUUCGCUUUAUGGUGUUUAAAUUAAGUCAACAGCUUCCCGAAGCUUAAAUCUCGUUGGGCCGUAUCCUGAUUGGGACCUCGGCAUUUAAAUGUUACUACAUUUAAAGAAGGCCGAACAUCAGAGUAAAUACAGCACCAGCUAUGACACUGGUUGCUAUAAUUAUUUUCCCUCCAUCGUGACGUGGAUUUUUUACUUUCUUUCUGCCAUCCUCAUUAUAUCAAAUGCUCCUCAUAUAACUCAUAGUGCAGAUUCUCUCCAUUGUUAAAAAGCAAUCCCUCCCGCAACCCUGCAAGAAAAGAGGUAGCUUGGACUACCAAAAGGGUUGGGUGGGAUUUUGACUUUCAAACAUGGUGCUGUUUACAACAGACAUGACUUUUGGGACUCCCGUUUCCACAUCACAACUUUCUUUGUCAGUCACUUCAAGCCAAGUGUUUUUUGGGGGCUGUGCAUCUUAGCAAAAUCAUGUUCAGCUCAGGAUACUGGCCACUAAUCUUAGGUGAAGUAUGCAGUCUGCCAUGUUGUAAGUAGGUUAUAUAUCACAGUACAGUGGUACCUUGGUUUACAAAUUUAAUCCGUUCCGGAAGUCCGUUCUUAAACCAAGGCGUGCUUCCCCAUAGCAGCAGGGGACUCAAUUUACAAAUGGAACACACUCAACAGGAAGCAGAACAUGUGUGGUGUAGUGGUUAAGAGCGGUAGUCUCGUAAUCUGGGGAACCGGGUUCGCAUCUCCGCUCCUCCACAUGCAGCUGCUGGGUGACCUUGGGCCAGUCACACUUCUCUGAAGUCUCUCAGCCCCACUCACCUCACAGAGUGUUUGUUGUGGGGAAAGAAGGGAAAGGAGAAUGUUAGCCGCUUUGAGACUCGUUCGGGUAGUGAUAAAUCGGGAUAUCAAAUCCAAACUGCUGCUGCUGCUGCUUCUGCUUCCGAGACAAAGUUCAUAAACCAAAACACCUACUUCUGAGUUUGCAGCGUUCUUAAUCCAAGUUGUACAUAAACUAAGCUGUUCUUAAACCCAAGGUACCACUGUACUCAAUAUUUAAUAAAGAUGUAAGCCUAAGUACUUGCUGGCUCAUAGAAUAUACCUUGAUUGGCUCACUUUUUCUGAUGAACAACUGCAGUAAAUUUGGCUGGCCUGCCACACAGGACAGUUGUUUGGGGAGGAAGCAGUUUCCUGAAAUUAAGAUAACCUUAACUGUCUGAAGAUGCAGCCUUCAAAUAAGAUUAGGGUUUGCACUAUUGGUUAAUGUCUUUAUUUUUCCUUUUAUUUUUUAAACUUUCCUCAAGUUUUCAGAAUUAUUUUAUUUACAUUUGUAGCCUAUCUCAAAUGCUCAGGUAGGUAAAAAAAAAAAGCACGUCAUAAAAAGACAAGUUAAAUAAAAGGAAUAUAGCAAGCAAUUUCCCCACUCUGAUUGCAAAAGCCAGCCCCAGUUUAAAGGUCUUAAAAUGGCUCAAAAAGAUGCUCAAAUGUCAGGAUCCUACAGUUUCGGGAGGGAGCACAACCCAAAAUCACACUUCUCCCUUCAUGGCCUUGUAGGGCCAAUUUGGUGAUGCAUAGAUCAUUCAUUAGUUGAUUAGUCACCCUUCUGCACUCCUGUGAUAACCCCACAGUUGCACUGGUGUUGCAUAACUGUAGCUUUUUGUGUUGCAACACGAGGGUAUAUAGAACUCAGUGUUGAAAGUACAAUUCUAGCCACUGACUGCUUAAGAAAGCACAGUCCCAUUGCUGCUGUCCUUUAUCUCCCCAUUCUACGUUUCAAAGCAGCUUUUGUUUCCUACCUUCUACAAAGCACUUUAGACUGCCACAUCAAACAAUUUUUGCACCACAUGCGUCCGCCCUGUUUCCUAUUUUCUUCUUUUUAAAGUCUCAGAUCCAAACAGGAGUAAACUGUUCCGGUGCCUGAAGAUCAACGUGUGAUCUUCCUGCAUGACUGUAUUUGCAUUGCUUCUCUGUUGAUUUCGUUUCAGCUGCUGUCUACGACACAAUUAUUGAGUAAGAUGCGAGCGGCUAAAAUGCAGCAUUGACUUUCAGCCUUGUACUGUAACUUUCAUUGUUCUUGAGAAGAAUGUAGAAUAGGAAGAAAAGAAGUGGAGAUAUGGCUCUACAAGCGAUGGAAUGUAAUAGAUCUCUUAAAACUUUAAAAGUGAGGUGCACUCUCAGUUCCUUUAUAAAAGCUGCAUUCCCUUACGCCUUGGGAGAAGGGAAACUCAAAGAUGUGGAAUGUUUAUGUUUUGCCAUACUAAUCUUUGUCAAAAUUCAAAUAGAGAUUUGGUAUAAUGAUUGGGAUUGUAUUGCUCAAAGUACAGUGGUACCUCUGGUUGCGAACGGGACCCGUUCCAGAGGCCCGUUCGCAACGUGAAAAGAGCGCAACUCGCAGCAGCGCGUCUGCGCACGCGCAGGUUGCGAUUCGGCGCUUCUGCGCAUGCGCGUGACGUCAUGUUGCGCUUCUGCGCAUGUGCGAGUGGCGAAACCCGGAAGUAACCCUUUCCGGUACUUCCGGGUCACCGUGGGACGUAACCUGAAAGGACGUAACCUGAAGCAAACGUAACAUGAGGUAUGACUGUACUAUCAAUUUCUCCAGCUUAUAAAACUUUGAGUGGGCUUUUUCUCUCUCUAAAACCUCACCUGUUUAUAUCUCUUUUUCAUCGUGCUGAACAGGCAUUUCACUGACAAACCAGCCUCUUUAGAAAUACUGAUUGGUGCAUGCAAAGGCUGGCAUAGAGCAGUCACUGCAGGAGAUGUUUUCUGCACCUCGAUGACACAAGUUCCAAUCUCCUGUAGUCUUGAUGCCUUCAUUUAUGCAAACUAUGCAAAUGUAUAAAGAGGUGGGCAGGUUUUAAGAAGAAAAACAACAACAACAACUUGGUAAUUUUUUUUCCAGGUCUGGACCUAAAGGCAUGUAGCACAUGCCGGAAUUCUUCUAAGCACAUACUCCCAAUAGCUGCUCCCAACUGUUCUCUAAAGUCCCUUAAUAGGGAGAGAAGCAGUAGCUGGGAGGUAGAGCACAUGUUUGACAUGCAAAAGGUGCUGGAUAAAAUCCCUGGCAUCUCCACCUCAAAGGACCAGGUAUCUGAUGAUUUAAAGGGCCUCUCCUGGAGACGCAGGGAGGCUCAUGCAAAUCACAAUAGCCAGGAGGAAAGAAACAAAAUAGUCUGACCUGGUCAUAAAGAAGUUCCUUCCUUUUGUCCCUUGUACACAAAAAAGGGGGGUGAUAGGGAGAAAUAGCUCCUGUGCACAGCCAGGGCUGUCCUCUUGAAAUGUUUUUGUGCCAAAUCCAAGAAGAGUUUUUAAACCAGUUGCCACUAGGAGUGGGGGAACUGUAGUUCUGUGAAAUAAGCCCACGAAAGAAACCUUAAAAUUGGUGCCGCACAAACCCUAAUAUAAUAGAUCAUAGCCUUGGUUUGCUACAAAUCAUGUGUUCUGUUUCGGUUUUUUCCAAGGCAAAAGACAGAAGCUUUAAUCUCACAGAAAUUUGUCCUUUUCUAGUAGCUCAAUUACCUUCCACCUCCUCCCUUUGCUGCGAAUGUUAGGGGCUCAUGGAUGUAAGUAAUAGUUUUGGGCAACGAAAGCCCAGAACAUAAAAGAUCAGCUUUGGCUGAUGUGAAGUAGCAGCCUGCUUGCUUCUUGGAAACAUCCAUAUCUGAGAGCCUCUGGAGGGGCCAUAGGGUCAAGCUAGAAACUGACCAUAGAACUCAGCAGACCGAAAUGGAAUAUGGGGACAGGAGGGACAAAACAAUAAGUAAAUUGGCAGUGUGAGAAUGUCUACCAGCUUCCACAGUUAACUGUUUAGUACUCUUCACUGUUAUAAAUCCAAAAACAAUUACAAGCCAAUGAACCUGGGAUUUAAAGUCUGUUUAAAAUAACAGCUCUUGGUGCUUGGUGCAUCUUUCAUCUGUGCACUGCUUUACAAAAUGUCAGUCAAGCCUCAAAAAAUGAAUAAAUAUAGAAUUGCUUAUUUAUGUAGAAAUUGAAUGUUGCACAGAGGAAAAGCUGGUGUUGGUGCUAUAUGGUAAACACCAGCUCUUACUUCCUUGUGCUGCUUUCAGGCCACUGAAACAUCCUUUUUGAUCUCUAACCCAUAAAGAAGGGGUAUUUUGGGGGGGGGGGGAGGAUGGAGGAUGGGGGACAAGGAACCUGUUUUACAGAUUGCAAAGUCUAUAACUGACAUAUCGGCUGUCAUGCUUUGGGAAUGUAUUUGUGAUGUGGUGACUCGGCUGUCCAUGUUCCAGUGUCCCUUUUUACUCUUCAGAGCUCAUGAGAUUAACGAGAAGCUUAGCAUAACAUAUUCCCACUUGUGCCCAGUAAUAAACGAUAACCUGUGUCUUGGUUUUAUAAAAAAAAUAUCUUCUGAUACAGCAAUUUAUGUUCUUUGUUUUAGAGGAUUCAGUUUUUAAGGGCUUUAUUGGACAAGGAAAACUCAAAAUAUUUUUAAGUGCAUGACUUAAUUCUGGUUCUGUCACCUUUUCCACUGUGAAUACUUUAAUUAUGUACUUUAAACAAAAAUAAAAUACUGAGGGCUUUACUAUUACUUCCUGCCUUUUAAUCCAACGUAACAUUCUUGCAUCUGCAGCAUGGCUACUGAAAUGUAUUCUCGAGGAAUGUGUAUAUGCUAUCCAUGCACUUAUUGGUUAUAUAACUUGCUCAUAACUUACAUGUGCAUACUGAGGAGUUCGAUGUUCCAUUCUCCUCUUGUAGAAUUACUGGCCCGUUCUGACAGUGUUUUCCAAGUACGUACCCAUGAGAAUGAUUAAUUCAGGAGCCAUCCUUCAGAUGCAAAAUAUUACGUUGGAACUGAUCCCUAGACUUAAUUGAGACCUGUGCCAGAUGUAGGAAUAAGUACGUUAAUGGGUGCUGAUGAGGGGGCAUCCUUCAUUGUUUCGAAGCAGUGAUACACCACAAAAGGGAUCUGUUUCAUCCUAAAUUACCUUCUGACAUAUUGGCAAGACUAUGUAGCUUUUUUGUCUUCCACUUCACAGUUUUAAGCCCUGAUCCUAAACAUUUGUUUGCACUUCUGGCAUUACGCUGAGCGUGACUUGCGGGACCAGCUAUCAGGAGACCAUACUCCAAGCGAGGAUCGGCAAGGUUUAUCGAAGCUUAGGAUCAGGCAGUGAGAGUCAAUAUUCAAUAAUUUUCAUUAUUAUUAAUGGGGAAUUCAUGCUAACACUUAAUAUUUGUAAGCAUGCAGCUUUGAACUGGAAUCCCAUAAUGCUUUUGGAGUUAAGAUUGGGAUUCCCUUCCUAACUCUGCUGAUUAGAUUUCAUCCAUCCCACCCGCCAUGUAAGGGACUCAAAAGUCGUCCUUAAGAACAAAACUAUUAACUGCAGUGGCUAGUUCUGCAAGGACUUUAAACUUCUUACAAAAGGCAGUGUUGCCUGCAGAUUGCUUGGUAAACUGGUUUAUAUAGAGAGAGAGAUUAAACCAUUUAUCGGCAUACUUUAAGGGAUCUCGUUCCCUGCAGAGAGAAUACUCUUAGAGCUAUGAACUGGGCUGGUGCUUGCGAGCAAAUAAUUUCCCAGCCAUUACUGCUUCUGCUCGCGGAGUUUUUGGUACUUGUAGAAUUGGGGGUGGGGGGUGGGAAUAAUGCUUUUGCUAGUGCUGAGGCACCAAAUCAUUCACAUAGUAUUGUUUUCCAUGUAGCUAUCUAGGAUAUAUAUAUCUUCUGCAUUUUGUAUGACUAUAAGAAAAUAUAUAAUUUCCCCACCCAGCUGUGAUCCAAAAGCUCUCAUGAUUUAGGGAUAAAAAGGGGGUGUUGGGAGACACCCCCGUGCUGAAGAGAUGGGCAAUGAAUCCAUUCUCCUUUAGGACAAGUAGGAUAACCUUUUAACAUCCAUAAAAUGCCAUUUAUUGAAUGAGCUGGGAAAAAAAAUAUGGGCAUCCUUUUCCAAGAAGAAAUAUCUGUUGAAAACACACCAGUAAUCAUGAACUGUGUACAAAAUCAGUCUGUAUAAAACUUGUGUGACUUCUUUUUAUUUCAUAUUUGGUAAAAAGGUACAUUGGUUGUGUUCGGUUUUCUGAUCCAGAAACAAAGACCAAAGAAGGCCAACCUCAUUUGACUGUGUAUAUUCUGCCUGUCUUAAUUAUUGAUAGCUAUAAAGGAUACAGUGCAAGUAAGUGAAUCUGGUAAUCAGUGGUUUUUGUAUGUUUAUUUUUUAAAGGAAAAGAACUUUUAAAGUGUAUAAUUUAUUGCUCAGCAAUACCCAGGUUGUUAAUAAUGAUUAGCAACAAGCCCUGAUUUCCCAAUAGCAUUAUUAUAUGUUGUCCUUCGGUUUGUUGUAUUGUUAUUUGGUAUUUAUUUGUGUUUGAAGGUCUUGCUAUGUCUUGUGUUUUGAUGCUAAUAAAUGAGAACAGUGUGUAGAAUGCAAAACUUUGAAAUGCUGAACUGUAUUAAAGGGGGGAGGGGAAAUAAACCUAAAUAGGAAGUGAUAUUUUUUAAAUAAACAGAAUUGUGUUUU